GGACGCUGUUUGAGUGAUCCUGGUAAUAACCAGUAUUGGGCAGGAAGCAGAGCCAGACUUGUUAUCUGUGUGUCUUUGGCUUAUUGUUCAUUAAUAUUGUAAUACAUGGUUUGUUUUGCAUACUCUAGGCAGCUGACAUACAUGUUAAAGUCUGAGUAUGUGGCUUAGUGUUUGGCAAUGAAUCCUUGUGACCGGAAACUCCUUGCUGGAGGCCGUUGUAAAUAGCGUGAUAUUUCACACGCGCCCAUUCCCAGAGCUCCUAGCUCACAUUGAUGCUGGAUUCAUAGUGAGUCUCUGACAAUGUUCCACUAAUAUGUGGUGCCUGCUCAGAUGAUUGGUACCACGGGAGAGCCUAGGGAACCUCGGUGAUGGAGUGUAAGGGCUAACUAAACCACCCUCCCCUGCUACUCCUCUAGAAAUGUCAUAAUUUCGUCAUGUAAUUAACGUGGUGCUCAUUCUAUUCUACAGGAUGAUUGAAGAGAGCGGAAAAAAGAGGACGAUGGCCGAAAAGCGUCAGCUCUUCAUGGAGAUGAGUAAGUCCUGAAUUUACCUAUUCCGCUAACCUGCAACUCUGCUAACCUGCAAUCCCGCUAAUCUGUAAUGCUACUUUGCGUUUUAACACAUUCAGUUAUUGGGUGUUGGUUAAUUGCCCCACCCCCACCCACCAGUUACAUUGUAAUGUCCGUAUCCCUUUAGUGUAAAAGAUAUUGGGGGUUUAGUUAAUGCCCCCUCAGUGUGAGCUGCUGUGUUCCCUGAGUAUUCUACAGACAGCAGUUACAUUGUAAUGUCCGUAUCCCUUUAGUGUAAAUAUAUAUUUUGGGGGUUUGGUUGGUAGUGUGAGCUGCUGUGUUCCCUGAGUAUUCUAAUAUUAUUAUUUUUUUUUUUAAUAUUUGCAAUAUUUUAUUUUUUUCUGGAGUGGUCCUUAGUGUGUUUAGAUUACUGACCCAUCUCUCGUUUCAUAAUGAAAAACUAUUAAAUUGGCCUUUUAUUCCAGCUCCAGGAGAGCCUCCUAUCUCCAUUCUCAGGAGUUCUCACUACACUGACACAGAUCUGCUACUAAUGUUCCUCAUAUUGCCGCAUUGAUGCAAGUUUGGCAGCUGAGAUGAACUACCAGGGAGAUUUCUGAAAGUUUGGAUUCACCUUGAAAUUAUCGCUUUUUUUAAUCCUUCAGAGAAAGACCAUUAACCCAUAAACCUCUUCAGUUGGCUAAAGACUUUAUUGGACUUUAGUGUGCCUUUAACUGCUACUAGUAACCCCGUUAUCGUAACCGCUCCCUAAUCUCAGUAUAAAAACAAGAUCAAACAGAAAUCCGCCCUCCAGCUAUCUGUUUCCCCUCUUACUUCCGCCCUUCAUUAAUCCACCUGAGUAGAGCGGGAGGGUCAGUGCCUGUCCGUGUCCUGGCUGUUCUACCAGUUCAAUUUGGGUUCUGUCAGUACUGUACGUUCUUGAACUACGACAUCCCAUAACGCAAUACAGUAAACCACGUGGGGUCCAGAAUGCUGCUAAAGGUUUCUUUUUCUUCUAAAAGCUAUAUAAAGUUGAGCGUGCAAUAUUAAAAGUAAAUACAGGUAAUUAAUCAGUCCGUAAGCAGUAAAACACAUCCUUUUAUGAAACAGAAAAUGAAGCAUUAAAGGAACAUUAUAGAGUAAGGAACCAAACAUGUAUUUCUGACACUAUAGUCCUGAAGUGGCUGUUUAGGUGAACGUCCCCCUACGACGGACUAGCCCCACCGUGCCGGGAUCUAUUUCUCAUUGAGAGGCUAUUGCACAUUCCCGGCAAAAUCCCUUGCUGCAUCAAUUAGCAUCUCCUCAUAGCAGUGCAUUAAAUCAGUGCGUCUCUAUGGGGAGCGAUCAGCGUCUGCAUGCAGAGUGUGGCGACGCUGCAUUAAAUCGGUGCAUCUGCAUGGGAACGAUCUGCGUCUGCAUGCAGUGUGGAGAUGCUGCAUUAAAUCGGUGCAUCUCCAUGGGAACGAUCUGCGUCUGCAUGCAGUGUGGAGACGCUGCAUUAAAUCGGUGCAUCUCCAUGGAAACGAUCUGCGUCUGCAUGCAGAGUGUGGCGACGUAAUGCAUUAAAUCAGUGCGUCUCUAUGGGGAGCGAUCUGCGUCUGCAUGCAGAGUGUGGAGAUGCUGCAUUAAAUCAGUGCGUCUCUAUGGGGAGCGAUCUGCGUCUGCAUGCAGAGUGUGGCGACGCUGCAUUAAAUCGGUGCAUCUCCAUGGGAACGAUCUGCGUCUGCAUGCAGAGUGUGGAGACGCUGCAUUAAAUCAGUGCAUCUCCAUGGGAACGAUCUGCGUCUGCAUGCAGAGUGUGGAGACGCUGCAUUAAAUCAGUGCAUCUCUAUGGGGAACGAUCUGCGUCUGCAUGCAGAGUGUGGAGAUGUUGCAUUAAAUCAGUGCGUCUCCAUGGGAACGAUCAGCGUCUGCAUGCAGAGUGUGGAGACGCUGCAUUAAAUCAGUGCGUCUCUAUGGGGAGCGAUCUGCGUCUGCAUGCAGAGUGUGGAGACGCUGCAUUAAAUCAGUGCGUCUCUAUGGGGAGCGAUCUGCGUCUGCAUGCAGAGUGUUAAGACGCUGAACGUAGGUGCUGCCCAUUGUGCAGCUCUGGCACAGGAAGCACAUCUAGUGGCCGUCUGAGUGACUGCCCCUAGAGGUGUCGUAAUGUAAACACUGCCUUUUAAAAUUAAUCUAGACAUAUCUGUAAACAUGUAACUGGAAAGCACAUAACACUAUGUAUCCUAAUCUGUUCUAGGAGCUGAGAACUUUGACCUCAUUAGACUUUCCACGUAUCGGACCGCAUGCAAGCUUAGAUUUGUGCAGAAAAGAUGCAACUGUAAGUUUGGUUUUAUAUUUCAUAUUUUGUGAUAAAUAAUAUUUAGUGAUUAAUUGGAGCUUUCUACUUUCACGGUUUGAACUGUAGUGGUUAUUGUCCAAGUAGUGCGGCACAACCCUCACUCAAGUCUGAAAUCCGCAUUAGAAUGGUACAUUUUGCCUAUAUUUGGAAGACGUUGAUAGGCUGUGCUUGUCAGCUCACACUCUGUGUGCUCCUAGUAUACUGUGUGACGCAGAAUCACAGGAUGGCGCCAGUGGCCUGCUAGCACCAUAACCACUACCAGAGGUUAAGGGUCUCCUAAUGGAAUAAUAAAAUGAAAGACUUGCAUCCAGCUGAUAUAACUUCUGGAAGCAGGAUAAGACGGGACUGGAUAAACUCAGAUGCUAGGUAUCAGGGAUGCCAUGGGGGCUGAUGGUCAUGGGACCACUCUCUGUUAUUAGUUAUAGAUUGUUUGUUUGAAUCUUAGUACAUCUGGUCGACAUCUGGAAUAUGAUUGAAGCCUUCCGUGACAAUGGCCUUAAUACACUGGAUCACAACACCGAGAUCAACGUGUCCAGACUAGAAACCAUUAUCUCCUCGAUCUACUACCAGCUGAACAAACGCCUUCCAUCCACACACCAGAUCAGCGUCGACCAGUCCAUCAGCCUUCUGCUCAACUUCAUGAUAGCUGCCUAUGACAGGUGUGUGCAGAAUUGGAAUCGACAUCCUGUGAUUUGGUCUUCCAAAGUGUCUUAUACAACGAUGAAUUUAUCUAGUGGUUAAAGUCCUGAUAUGUGACCAUGGGGAGACUAAAUAGCAUUCCUUAUUAAUGGGUGCUCCAAGCACCAUAACCACUUCAAUGAUGUGAAGUAGUCAUGGUGCUGGAGUCGUUAUGUGUGAAUAUAACAGGCUAAUAUCUCAUCUGUGCAUAUUUGGCACCAUGUUAAUUCUGCUAAUUUUUUUGCCAUAAAAACAAAAUGGUUUCAUUUUCAAUCAGAUGAUAAUUUAUUAUGUCAUGAUUCCCUUUUAUUCCAGAAGUUUGGUCCUUAAGGGGUCCUUGAAUUCUCUUUUUAGUGAAUAACUCAAUAAUCAUUGUGACUCAUGUGAGAUUCUGAAAUGUAAUUGACCUCUUACACGGAGUGACAGAGGAGGGUGCGAUGUUUUAAUGCAAGAAACAGAUCAGUGAUCAUUCUGUUAUUGAACAGAGCUAGCCGACAGGUGUCAUGAAAGGACUCCUUCCUUUGCUAUAGCACCAACAUAUACUGCAGCGCUGUAAAAUUCCAAUGUGGAAAUAGAAAAAGACAAAUUAUUACAAGUGUUUAAAGGAAGAGUUUAAUGACGAUCCUGUUCGAAUGAGCUUGCAAUGUAGAGGUGAUGGAGUGUGAAAGCACAAUGGGAAGAGAAACGUGGAGGAUUAAAUAGCACAAAUUAUGGCUUUUAAAAUGAUCACAAUCUUCCAGAAAAAUGAUUUAUCUACACAAGUUCCCCUAGACUUUAAUGGGGAGUUCUGGAGAUAACCAUUUUGAACAGUUUUUCUAACAGAUUGUGGCCAUUUCUAAAGUUUAUCUAGAAACAUUAAACGGAUUCCUAACUUAGAACAGGAGACGAGACCUCAUUAAGGAUUGAAAGUGAUCCCAGGUGGCUAUUCUCCACCCGGAGAAGCUAGUUUUAAGAGACUUAUUAAAGGUUUGACGAGUUAGGAGAGUCUAAUGGGAAAUGCAGGCUGUUUCGUAAAUGGAUCUUGUGUGGGAAAUCCUGACAAUAGUACGGGCAUAUAAAUAUAAAAUAAACAAGUGUUUAUUAGAAAUCACAUUGUGCUGUAAUGUUUUUUUAUUGUAGCCAGUUACAGGCAGACAUGGCGUACAUGGAGUUAACCCGCUAUCUCCCUUCUACCUUACUAACUAUUCAAACUGGGCUCUCUCCACCCCCAACUCUAACAGUAGACAGCCUUACGUUUUCAUGCCCACCGAGAUAAAAACACCACAGUUCAUUGUCACUGCUUGCUUUCUCCAUUAAGAGGGCCUUUAGCUUGGUCAGCGAUUCUUCCGUUUUAUUAAUAGCUCAGUGACCCACUCUACAAUUGUAAUAUAAAAUAUAAGAAUAUAUAUUCAGCGACACGUCUCCAUUAGCCUCCUCCCAGUGUUAGAGCGGACUCUGCUGCUUGGUUGUAGAUUAAAGGACGACUAAAAGAUGUCGAGGUGAAAGACCCCUCUAGUGACCAUCUUCCUGAGAGCUACUAGAGGCACUUUCUUUGAGACAUGAGUCGGACUCCGUCAAUGCAGCUAAUAAAGCGGUAUGUGAUUAGCACAGUGAAUUGCUGCGCAUGCACACUAGCCGCCAAUGCUUCCUUAUGGCGGAUCUUGAUGAUCUCAGCCUAAGAGACGGAGUGAAACCACCUUUUAAAUCUUUACGGGGGGAGAGCGGACUCUAAAUUGUCAGGGGAACUCUGUAGCGAUAGAAAUACGUUUGAAUUCUAUAGUGUUCUUUUAGGCAUCAGAUGCUCUGUUGUUGGCUAAAGCAGGCCAGGACUCAGAAUAGAUGCUUACAAUUUGGAAGGACAAACUUUCUCUGGGGUGCUUGGGAGAGGCUCACAAAAUUCAGAGUGAGGCGGUGGUUUUUCUUGGCCGGGAACAGGGAUCUGAUGUAAUUUCCUCCUAAUAAAAUACAGUUUGUGUUUUUUAGGUUAAGGAUGAGACUGCUGUGCUAGCGGCUAAUUACAGCGAAGCAUUGCAUUCUGGGGGAUUAUUGUCACUAAUUACUGCUGGUGGCAACACUUAAUUCUCAUUAGAACAGGGAAUUACAGGUUUAUUUACUACAGUGAGAUUUCAAAGUGAAUUUCAGAUUUAAGGCCAGAGCCCACUUAGAGAACUUUUCCAGUUCAGCUGUUUUGAAAUCACUUUCAAUUCUCACCUUAGUGAAUAAACCUUUUACACUAAAAUCAAUCUAUGCUUUAAUUAUGGAAUGCUUACAUUUUUUCUAUGGUAGAAUCAGUCUACGUAGAUAAUUGGAUGACUUUUAAAACAUUAAUAAACUGAGCUGAGGCAACUAACUGCAUCCGUGUUUGAGCUCACAUCCACACGUCUUUCCCAUCCGACAUUGGGUUUUCUGGCCUGACAUUUCUUUUCCCGUCCCACAUUGGUUUUCCCGUCCCACAUUUCUUUUACCGUCCCACAUUGGUUUUCCCGUCUCUCAUUGGUUUUCCCUUCUCUCCCUGGUUUUCCCUUCUCUCCUUGGUUUUCCCUUCUCUCCUUGGUUUUCCCGUCUCUCAUUGCUUUUCCCGUCUCUCAUUGGUUUUCCCUUCUCUCCUUGGUUUUCCCUUCUCUCCUUGGUUUUCCCGUCUCUCAUUGCUUUUCCCGUCUCUCAUUGGCUUUCCCGUCUCUCAUUGGCUUUCCCGUCCCACAUUGGUUUUCCCGUCCCACAUUGGUUUUCCCGUCCCACGUUGGUUUUACCAUCUCUCAUGGCUUUUCCCGUCUGACAUUGGUUUUACCGUCUCUCAUUGGCUUUCCCGUCUCUCAUUGGUUUUCCCGUGCCACAUUGGUUUUCCCGUCCCACAUUGGUAUUCCCGUCUGACAUUGUUUUUUGUUGUCUGAGAGUCUAAAGGGACAGUAGCGCUAGAGCGGUUACUCCAGUACUGAGCGUGUCCUUAUUGAUAUGAGUGGGAUCUCUGCAGGCAGCCAUUGCCGAUUAUAGCAUGACGCUGUGUGUGAAUGUGCAUUGUGUCUCCCAUAGUAAUAAAUAAUGCUACAGUGGGUGAGAUCUGGUUAAAACAGAUUUUGAUGUAUGUGAAUGAUUGCUUGGGAAUGUUCACCGCGAUAGACCAAUUCAGAUAUUCUACUUGAUGAGUGUGUUCGCAAUGCGGCUGCUUUUACAGUAAAAUCCAUUGUUGUGUUCCAGCGAAGGCCAAGGGAAGCUGACCGUUUUCUCCGUCAAGGCGAUCUUGGCCACCAUGUGCGGAGGGAAAAUCCUGGACAAACUUCGAUGUGAGUACCCUUUCUGAAAUUGGCAUUGUAGCUGCUAUACUGGAACGCGCUGAUAUUGAUUGGCCGGUUUAUUACGUAAUAAGGUGGAUAUUAAAUGGGUGCUUGAUUUACUGGGUAUUGUCCGAUAUGAAUGUGCUAUAACAUUCCUUGAAACGGUAAAGUGGUAAAUAAAAUGCAAAUUAAAACCAGCGACAAUGUUUCAGCCCCAGUGAUUUCUGGGUAUACCUUGCGUUAGUAUAACUCCGGAAUCCAUCCCCCCUAUCAGAAUGCCCUGUCUCUAAACUGGUCUCUUAUUUUGCUUCCAAUAGACUCCAGAACAGUUUCAAUCAGCUAGCGCCCUCUGCUGGACAAACUGUGGUCAGGUUGGUGUGUGGGAAUGUGUGAAUUAGAUUUACAGUGUACUAACCUCACCCUGACACCGGGAGGAAGUAGCCAUUACCUCGAGGAUGUAACCUUUUAACCUGCGUCAUCAAACUUCAUUUACUGACAAUCACUGAGUUACGUGGGCUCGUCAAUAUGAACGAGCUGUGCUCUAACCCUGCACGUGUUAUAAUGUGCUCGGAACAUAGAGUGAGAACACGCUCUGUAGCUGCUGGAGACACUGUGUUUUAAGCGAUUAGGGAAUGGCUGUCAGAAUGAGUGCUAUAAAUGAUUAAUUUCUUUAACCCCUUAAGCACACGACAUGUGUGACAUGUCAUGAUUCCCUUUUAUACCAGAAGUUUGGUCCUUAAGGGGUUAAAGCUUGGUUGUGAUAAAGAUACAGUCCACGCUAUUUGUGGCCUCGGAAUACCAGUCUGUUCCUGCUGCGUGCCCAUGAAGUGGCCUGAUGGCUGCCCUGCCCACUAGUCCACACUAGCCGUGUCCUCCUGAGUAUUUACUGCUGAGGCAAAACACGAGCUGGCUUAGCCACUGUUUUAUGUUAGCUGUGUCUGUAGGUCAUUAGUCUCCUCUGAUUGAGCAGAAACCGGCUGUGGCUGAAGUGGCUUGAGGGCUGCACUGCCCACUAGUCCAUGCAAGCUGUGUCUGUGGGGGCACUGGUGGGGCAGAGUCUGAUAUAAUGGUGUUUUAUUAGUGGCCCAGCCCCCUCUGGUCCAUACUGGCUGUGUCUGUGGGGCACUGGUGGGUCCGAGUCUGAUAUAAUGGUGUUUUAUUAGUGGCCCAGCCCCCUCUGGUCCAUACUGGCUGUGUCUGUGGGGGCACGGGUGGGGCCGAGUCUGAUAUAAUGGUGUUUUAUUAGUGGCCCAGCCCCCUCUGGUCCAUACUGGCUGUGUCUGUGGGGGCACGGGUGGGGCCGAGUCUGAUAUAAUGGUGUUUUAUUAAUGGCCCAGCCCCCUCUGGUCCAUACUAGCUGUGUCUGUGGGGCACUGGUGGGGCCGAGUCUGAUAUAAUGGUGUUUUAUUAGUGGCCCAGCCCCUCUGGUCCAUACUGGCUGUGUCUGUGGGGCACUGGUGGGUCCGAGUCUGAUAUAAUGGUGUUUUAUUAGUGGCCCAGCCCCCUCUGGUCCAUACUGGCUGUGUCUGUGGGGGCACGGGUGGGGCCGAGUCUGAUAUAAUGGUGUUUUAUUAAUGGCCCAGCCCCCUCUGGUCCAUACUAGCUGUGUCUGUGGGGCACUGGUGGGGCCGAGUCUGAUAUAAUGGUGUUUUAUUAGUGGCCCAGCCCCUCUGGUCCAUACUGGCUGUGUCUGUGGGGCACUGGUGGGUCCGAGUCUGAUAUAAUGGUGUUUUAUUAGUGGCCCAGCCCCCUCUGGUCCAUACUGGCUGUGUCUGUGGGGACACUGGUGGGGCAGAGUCUGAUAUAAUGGUGUUUUAUUAGUGGCCCAGCUCCCUCUGGUCCAUACUGGCUGUGUCUGUGGGGCACUGGUGGGCAGAGUCUGAUAUAAUGGUGUUUUAUUAAUGGCCCAGCCCCCUCUGGUCCAACUGGCUGUGUCUGUGGGGGCACGGGUGGGCAGAGUCUGAUAUAAUGGUGUUUUAUUAGUGGCCCAGCUCCCUCUGGUCCAUACUGGCUGUGUCUGUGGGGCACUGGUGGGUCCGAGUCUGAUAUAAUGGUGUUUUAUUAGUGGCCCAGCCCCUCUGGUCCAUACUGGCUGUGUCUGUGGGGCACUGGUGGGCAGAGUCUGAUAUAAUGGUGUUUUAUUAGUGGCCCAGCUCCCUCUGGUCCAUGCUGGCUGUGUCUGUGGGGCACUGGUGGGCAGAGUCUGAUAUAAUGGUGUUUUAUUAAUGGCCCAGCCCCCUCUGGUCCAACUGGCUGUGUCUGUGGGGGCACGGGUGGGCAGAGUCUGAUAUAAUGGUGUUUUAUUAGUGGCCCAGCUCCCUCUGGUUCAUGCUGACUGUAUGCGGGGGCACUGGUGGGGCCUAGUCCAAUAUAGUGGUGUUUUUUAUAGCAGGACACUUCUAUGGAUGAGUGGGCAGAGACUGGGGUGAUUGAGCUGCCAUGCCAGGCUAUUUGAUAGGUAUUUGGGCAGAUCAUGAUAUGUUUGAGCUGUUCUAAUUAUUGAGAUGCCCUGUCUGGCCUUUUACCAUCCGUCCUUCGCUAGUCUAGCUCUAGAACAUGGUCAUUCUUUAUCUCUGCUCUGUGCCCUAUGUUUCAGGAAGUGUGAUCAGAAUAUCUUUGUGACUUCUACUUUUAAUGGACAAAAACGAAUUCAUUUUCACUAACCCAAUAGUGUUUUAGUUUUAUAGAAAGUCAAACAGUAUUAUAUCUAAUUUAGCACAAUAUAGUUGCAGCCUGUUCCUACGUUUGAGUAUCUUGUAACAUUGAUAAAUAUGUCUGGAAGAAUUUUGUAGAGGUUAUAGAAGAAACGGAAAGUGUGGUGGAGGGCGCACGCUGAGGUUAGAACAAUCACACAUAUUUGUGAAUGUUGCAAUGUCCUCUUCUGCGUAGGAGACACUUAUACAUGCUUUCUGUGUGCCUUGUGUUGCUGUUAAUUAUUUCUAUAUAUUUUGUAGAUAUUUUCUCCCAGGUGUCAGACUCUAGUGGGUUAAUGGUAUAUGCCAAGUUUGACCAGUUCCUGAGGGAAGUUCUCAAGUUGCCAACGACUGUAUUUGAGGGGCCUUCGUUUGGGUACACAGAGCACUCAGCGCGGACGUGUUUCCCACCACAGGUAGUGAACAGUAUCGAGCAGCAACCCUUCUAUACUAUCAUUACUUAACCUGAGCCACAUACAGUAGCCCUGCUAUACUAUCAUUACUUAACCUGAGUCACAUACAGCAGCCCUGCUAUACUAUCAUUACUUAACCUGAGUCACAUACAGCAGCCCUGCUAUACUAUCAUUACUUAACCUGAGCCACAUACAGCAGCCCUGCUAUACUAUCAUUACUUAACCUGAGUCACAUACAGCAGCCCUGCUAUACUAUCAUUACUUAACCUGAGUCACAUACAGCAGCCCUGCUAUACUAUCAUUACUUAACCUGAGCCACAUACAGCAGCCCUGCUAUACUAUCAUUACUUAACCUGAGCCACAUACAGCAGCCCUGCUAUACUAUCAUUACUUAACCUGAGUCACAUACAGCAGCCCUGCUAUACUAUCAUUACUUAACCUGAGUCACAUACAGCAGCCCUGCUAUACUAUCAUUACUUAACCUGAGUCACAUACAGCAGCCCUGCUAUACUAUCAUUACUUAACCUGAGUCACAUACAGCAGCCCUGCUAUACUAUCAUUACUUAACCUGAGUCACAUACAGCAGCCCUGCUAUACUAUCAUUACUUAACCUGAGCCACAUACAGCAACCCUGCUAUACUAUCAUUACUUAACCUGAGUCACAUACAGCAGCCCUGCUAUACUAUCAUUACUUAACCUGAGUCACAUACAGCAGCCCUGCUAUACUAUCAUUACUUAACCUGAGUCACAUACAGCAGCCCUGCUAUACUAUCAUUACUUAACCUGAGUCACAUACAGCAGCCCUGCUAUACUAUCAUUACUUAACCUGAGCCACAUACAGCAGCCCUGCUAUACUAUCAUUACUUAACCUGAGCACAUACAGCAACCCUGCUAUACUAUCAUUACUUAACCUGAGUCACAUACAGCAGCCCUGCUAUACUAUCAUUACUUAACCUGAGUCACAUACAGCAGCCCUGCUAUACUAUCAUUACUUAACCUGAGCCACAUACAGCAGCCCUGCUAUACUAUCAUUACUUAACCUGAGUCACAUACAGCAGCCCUGCUAUACUAUCAUUACUUAACCUGAGUCACAUACAGCAACCCUGCUAUACUAUCAUUACUUAACCUGAGUCACAUACAGCAGCCCUGCUAUACUAUCAUUACUUAACCUGAGCCGCAUACAGCAGCCCUGCUAUACUAUCAUUACUUAACCUGAGUCACAUACAGCAGCCCUGCUAUACUAUCAUUACUUAACCUGAGCCACAUACAGCAGCCCUGCUAUACUAUCAUUACUUAACCUGAGUCACAUACAGCAGCCCUGCUAUACUAUCAUUACUUAACCUGAGUCACAUACAGCAGCCCUGCUAUACUAUCAUUACUUAACCUGAGUCACAUACAGCAGCCCUGCUAUACUAUCAUUACUUAACCUGAGUCACAUACAGUAGCCCUGCUAUACUAUCAUUACUUAACCUGAGUCACAUACAGCAGCCCUGCUAUACUAUCAUUACUUAACCUGAGUCACAUACAGCAGCCCUGCUAUACUAUCAUUACUUAACCUGAGCCACAUACAGCAGCCCUGCUAUACUAUCAUUACUUAACCUGAGUCACAUACAGCAACCCUGCUAUACUAUCAUUACUUAACCUGAGUCACAUACAGCAGCCCUGCUAUACUAUCAUUACUUAACCUGAGCCACAUACAGCAACCCUGCUAUACUAUCAUUACUUAACCUGAGCCACAUACAGCAGCCCUGCUAUACUAUCAUUACUUAACCUGAGUCACAUACAGCAGCCCUGCUAUACUAUCAUUACUUAACCUGAGCCACAUACAGCAACCCUGCUAUACUAUCAUUACUUAACCUGAGCCACAUACAGCAACCCUGCUAUACUAUCAUUACUUAACCUGAGUCACAUACAGUAGCCCUGCUAUACUAUCAUUACUUAACCUGAGUCACAUACAGCAACCCUGCUAUACUAUCAUUACUUAACCUGAGCCACAUACAGCAGCCCUGCUAUACUAUCAUUACUUAACCUGAGUCACAUACAGCAACCCUGCUAUACUAUCAUUACUUAACCUGAGCCACAUACAGUAGCCCUGCUAUACUAUCAUUACUUAACCUGAGUCACAUACAGCAGCCCUGCUAUACUAUCAUUACUUAACCUGAGUCACAUACAGCAGCCCUGCUAUACUAUCAUUACUUAACCUGAGUCACAUACAGCAGCCUUGCUAUACUAUCAUUACUUAAAGGAACACUUUAGUGUCAGGAAAACAAUCCAUUUUUCCUGCACUAUAGGGUUAUUAGGUUCCCCCCCCUCCCGCUGGGCUGAAGGGGUUUAAACACCUUCAACCACUUACCUUAAUCCUCCCCCUGCCCACGUCAGCUCUGAAUGCACAUGCGCGCCUAGAGCCGUGCGCGCUUUCAAACCGCCCAUAGGAAAGCAUUACUUAAUGCUUUCCUAUGGAUGUCCAGCAUCAUCUCAGUGUGAUUAACCCUCAAUGUAAACAUAGCAGUUUCUCUGAAACUAUGUUUUCAGCUGCAGGGUGGCACUCUGACCACUUAAUUGAGCUGAAGUGGUCUGGGUGCCUAUAGUGGUCCUUUAAAGAUAUACAUGCUUAAUAAAGCAGUGUUGGUGUAUAGAUCAUGCCUCUGCAGUCUCACUACUCACUUCUCUUUCUUUUUACGCAAUCCUAGCCACACCUCCUUUGUCUAUGACUGGCACAACCUGCAUGAAAAAAUGGUUUAAUUUUCAACCAAAUGUUAACUUACUUUAGAAGCUGUUAUCUCCUGCUCUAUUAACUAAACUUUAAUCACACACAGGUGUCUCCUGCAGGGUCUAGCAAGCUAUUAAUAGAGCAGGAGAUAAGACCUUUUAAAUUAAACAGAAUUUAUAAUUAAGGAAGUGUAAACGUUAGAUGACUCUUUACAGGAAGUGUUUAGGAAGGCUGUGUAAGUCACAUGCAGGGAGGUGUGUCUAGGGCUGCAUAAACAAAGGGAUUUAACUCCUAAAUGGCAGAGAAUUGAGCAGUGAGACUACAGGGGCAUCAUCUAUUGUAAACACCCAAACUGCUUCCUUAAGAUGAAGUUGUUUUGGUGACUAUAGUGUCCCUUUAACCUAUACAUAACCCCACAUACUGCCAGCCCUGACAAAAUGUAAUUGUUGAAUUGUUGCAAAGUGCCUAUUAUUUGACUGUUUUGUUUUGCAGAAGAAAAUAGCACUAAACAUGUUUUUAGACACCGUGAUGGCUGAUCCCCCUCCCCAGUGCCUUGUCUGGUUACCUCUCAUGCAUCGACUCGCCCACGUGGAAAACGGUGAGUGUUUUAUUCUAGUGCUCCCUCUUUUAAUGAAUAUUAAUUCUCUCCUCCAUCAUUGCCCAAAGUUCUGAUAUGAUUUCUGUACUGUUGUCAAUCUAUGCUUCCGUCCUUGGUAAGCAAAUCCAUACAUAUUUAUUGAUGACACAGAGAUCUGUCUGUUUUGUCAUGUUCUCUCUCGUUCCCUCUUGUAUUGGGUCUCCAGCUGUCUCUGCUAAUUCUGAUUGAAUGGCCGCUCACUCCACUACUGUCUGUAAUGAAUUCUGCAGCCUCUUACUAUCAUCAAACAAUGAUUUAAUACAUCUUACCCCAUUCCUAAUUCCAAAUAUUUAAAUAGCGCCGACAUAUUUUGCUGUGCUGUACAGUACAUAAACCAAACAAACGCUUCAUUCUAACAAAAAGUUUUGGCAUGCUGGAAUAGUAGGUAAGCAGCUUACAAUGCCCUUAGAAUGGACGCCCUUCUUGUUGCAGCAGCUUGUUUGUCCAUGUAUUGUUAGUGUUUUAUAAAUGAUGAGUAGUUUUGUAUUAGAGCGCUAUAUAAUUAGUGUACUCCAUCAUCUUGUGGUGUUUUUGAUUAUUGUGGACAUCCUCACUGGAAAUUCCUUCUGUUUGGUCAUAUUUAGAAUAUUUCAAAAUAUAAUUUCCUUUUUUCAUGCACUAAACCUGAUCGCUUCAAAUGAACCCUUUAUAUAGAUAUGGUCUUCAUAGUAAUUUAUACCACUGCAAGAUGAUACUAAUUAUACCGUGUCCACUGCACGAUGAUACUAAUUAUAUACCGUGUCCACUGCAAGAUGAUACUAAUUAUAUACCGUGUCCACUGCACGAUGAUACUAAUUAUAUACCGUGUACACUGCACGAUGAUACUAAUUAUAUACCGUGUCCACUGCAAGAUGGUACUAAUUAUAUACCGUGUCCACUGCACGAUGAUACUAAUUAUAUACCGUGUCCACUGCACGAUGAUACUAAUUAUAUACCGUGUCCACUGCAAGAUGAUACUAAUUAUAUACCGUGUCCACUGCACGAUGAUACUAAUUAUAUACUGUGUCCACUGCACGAUGAUACUAAUUAUAUACUGUGUCCACUGCACGAUGAUACUAAUUAUACCGUUCCACUGCACGAUGAUACUAAUUAUAUACCGUGUACACUGCAAGAUGAUACUAAUUAUAUACCGUGUCCACUGCACGAUGAUACUAAUUAUACCGUGUCCACUGCACGAUGAUACUAAUUAUAUACCGUGUCCACUGCACGAUGGUACUAAUUAUAUACUGUGUCCACUGCACGAUGAUACUAAUUAUAUACUGUGUCCACUGCACGAUGAUACUAAUUAUACCGUGCCCACUGCAAGAUUAUACAAAUUAUAUACCGUGUCCACUGCAAGAUGAUACUAAUUAUAUACCGUGUCCACUGCAAGAUGAUACUAAUUAUAUACCGUGUCCACUGCAAGAUGAUACUAAUUAUAUACCGUGUCCACUGCAAGAUGAUACUAAUUAUACCGUGUCCACUGCACGAUGAUACUAAUUAUAUACCGUGUCCACUGCACGAUGAUACUAAUUAUAUACCGUGUACACUGCACGAUGAUACUAAUUAUAUACUGUGUCCACUGCACGAUGAUACUAAUUAUAUACUGUGUCCACUGCACGAUGAUACUAAUUAUACCGUUCCACUGCACGAUGAUACUAAUUAUAUACCGUGUACACUGCACGAUGGUACUAAUUAUAUACUGUGUCCACUGCACGAUGAUACUAAUUAUACCGUGUCCACUGCACGAUGAUACUAAUUAUAUACCGUGUACACUGCAAGAUGAUACUAAUUAUAUACCGUGUCCACUGCACGAUGGUACUAAUUAUAUACUGUGUCCACUGCACGAUGAUACUAAUUAUACCGUGUCCACUGCACGAUGAUACUAAUUAUACCGUGUCCACUGCACGAUGAUACUAAUUAUACACUGCACGAUGAUACUAAUUAUAUACAGUGUCCACUGCACGAUGAUACUAAUUAUAUACUGUGUCCACUGCACGAUGAUACUAAUUAUAUACCGUGUACACUGCACGAUGAUAAUUAUAUACAGUGUCCACUGCACGAUGAUACUAAUUAUAUACCGUGUCCACUGCACGAUGAUACUAAUUAUACCGUGUCCACUGCACGAUGAUACUAAUUAUACCGUGUCCACUGCACGAUGAUACUAAUUAUAUACCGUGUCCACUGCACGAUGGUACUAAUUAUAUACCGUGUCCACUGCACGAUGGUACUAAUUAUAUACCGUGUCCACUGCACGAUGAUACUAAUUAUAUACUGUGUCCACUGCACGAUGAUACUAAUUUUAUACAGGGUCCACUGCACGAUGAUACUAAUUAUAUACAGUGUCCACUGCACGAUGAUAAUUAUAUACAGUGUCCACUGCACGAUGAUAAUAAUUAUACCGUGUACACUGCAUGAUGAUACUAAUUAUACCGUGUACACUGCACGAUGAUACUAAUUAUAUACAGUGUCCACUGCACGAUGGUACUAAUUAUAUACAGUGUCCACUGCACGAUGAUAAUAAUUAUACCAUGUCCACUGCAAGAUGAUAAUAAUUAUACCGUGUCCACUGCACGAUGAUACUAAUUAUAUACCGUGUCCACUGCAAGAUGAUACUAAUUAUACUGUGUCCACUGCAAGAUGAUACUAAUUAUACCGUGUACACUGCACGAUGAUACUAAUUAUACCGUGUCCACUGCAAGAUGACACUAAUUAUAUACUGUGUCCACUGCACGAUGGUACUAAUUAUAUACAGUGUCCACUGCACGAUGGUAAUAAUUAUACCGUGUCCACUGCACGAUGAUACUAAUUAUAUACCGUGUCCACUGCACGAUGGUACUAAUUAUAUACAGUGUCCACUGCACGAUGGUACUAAUUAUAUACCGUGUCCACUGCACGAUGGUACUAAUUAUAUACAGUGUCCACUGCACGAGGGAACUAAUUGUGGCAAGUCGGGGGAGAUAUGCGGUUGAUUCUUAUGUAGAUGUUAAUGUAUUCUCUGUAUUGCCUGUACUGCUGUUUCCGCCGAAUGCAAAUGGCGGUUUUGUAAGGGGAUUAUCCCCUCGUGCAGCAGAACCGGCAAUUCAUAUAAAAAUGCAUAACUUUUAAAAUACACGGUGGAUUUACACGAAUGGACGUUCGGUAGUUAGCUGGGGUCUGGGCGCAUCAUUCGUGAGAUUGCCGCUCAGAUCCCAGCCAAAAUAACCGAACGCCGCACAGAAAACACAUUUCUUUCAAAACCCACAAAAAGAACCGAUUGCUUUUGGUGAACCUGGUCCUGAAACUCCCGAACGUCUUGGAGGCUCAGCGGUGUUCGUGCCGUCGAAUAACUAUUGGUAAUGUUAUGCGUUCGACGACCCGGACCCGCUGAAGAACGAGGGAUCCAAGAUGGCCGACCGCCGCAUGGUCGGUAGUCGAACGACGGCCACCCAGGAGAGCCUCUAAUAACCGAUUGCAACAAUGUUGCAAUCGGUUAACUAGCGCCACACGCCUCUAAGUGUGUGGGCUAUUAGGGGGUAUCGCGUUCGGUUCACGAACGGCUUUCUAAAGUGCCGUUCGUGAAACGAAGGACAAUCCCCAUACAAAACCGCCAUUUGCAUUCGGCGGAAACAGCAGUACAGGCAAUACAGAGAAUACAUUAACAUCUACAUAAGAAUCAACCGCAUAUCUCCCCCGACUUGUAGGCAACCCUUAAAGGCACAGUCUCUAGUUAUUGUCCAAGUGGCUAGGUUUGCCACAAUGUUCCCCCAGAACCAAGCCGGCAUACACAGUCUGAUCCCAACGGAUCGGCUUGGGGAUGUCCGGAGGAGUGCUCACAGAUCAUUUCUCAAGGUCUGUUUGUCGGGACAACCCGUCGGCAUUACCGUUUUGUUUCCCUGGGCGGUAGUGAAUUGUAAAGUCAAAGGGCUGCAGCGCUAAACUCCAGCGCAGCAGCCUGGCAUUGUCUCCAGCCACACGGUUUAGCCACACCAACGGGUUGUGAUCUGUGAGCAAAGAAAAGGGUUGCCCAUAGAGAUAUGGCUGUAACUUUUUCAGGGCCCACACCACGGCCAGGCAUUCUUUUUCUAUGGCGGCGUAGCUCACCUCUCGGGGUAACAAUUUCCGACUCAAGUAUGCUACGGGGUGUUCUCCGCCAUCGGCUCCGACCUGGCUCAGUACUGCUCCCAAUCCAAACAUUGAGGCGUCUGUGUGAACAAGAAAACGUUUAGUUGGAUCGGGAGCUGCCAGUACAGGGGCAUUGGUCAGAGCCGUCUUCAGCUGAUUGAAUGCCUGUUCACACUCUGGGGCCCAGACGACCUGCCGGGGCAGGUUUUUCUUCGUCAAAUCAGUCAGGGGUUUGGCCAGGGCACUGUAGUUGGGUACAAAUUUUCUGUAGUACCCUGCGGUACCUAGGAAAGCCAGGACUUGGGUUUUGGUCCUAGGGGUAGGCCACUGGGCUACAGCUUCAAUCUUUGCGGGCUCAGGCUUCUGCUGCCCGCUACCAACCCGGUGUCCUAAGUACUGGACCUCUGCCAUCCCUAUGUGGCAUUUGCUGGGUUUCAAGGUAAGCCCUGCCUCUCGGAUCCGAUCUAUUACAGCCCCUAUGUGUUGUAGGUGCUCCGACCAGGUCUGACUGUAUAUGGCAAUAUCGUCCAGAUAUGCACACGCAUAGUCCUGGAACCCGUCCAGUAGCCGAUCCACCAUCCGCUGGAAGGUCGCGGGGGCGUUCUUCAUCCCGAAUGGCAUGACUCGAAAUUGGUACAAGCCAAACGGGGUGACAAACGCCGACUUAGGGAUGGCGUCCUCGGCUAGUGGAAUUUGCCAGUAUCCCUUACACAAAUCUAUGGUCGUGAGAUACUGACCCCUGGCCAUCCUAUCCAGCAGUUCGUCUAUCCGAGGCAUCGGGUAGGCGUCCGACACAGUUUUGUCAUUCAACCUCCGGUAGUCCACGCAGAACCGGGUGGUACCAUCUUUCUUGGGAACCAGGACUACCGGCGAUGCCCAGGGGCUAUCUGAGUGCUCAAUAACCCCCAACUGCAACAUCUCUUCAAUUUCUUUUCUCAUAUGUUCCCGCACGGAUUCGGGAAUCCGAUAGGGCGUCUGUCGCAUGGGAAGCUGUCCCGGGGUUUCUACUCGGUGGGUGGCUAGUGGAGUGUACCCAGGUAGGUUAGAAAAGGCGGCGCCCUUGGUUGCUAUCAGUUCUUGUACCUGGAUACGCUCUUGAGGACUUAGCCGCUCCCCCAGUUGAACCCCCUGGGAGGGUUCCUUCUGCUCCUCCUGCUCUAACAGAUCUGGAAGGGGCAGGUUCUCCUGAUCUUCGGAGGCGGGCGUGCAAAUAGCUGCCACGUCCUCCGUCCGCUCGUGGUAGGGUUUGAGCAUGUUCACAUGGAGCAUGCGUCUCUUCCCUACUCCUGAGCAUGGGCCGAUCACAUAGGUGGUAUCGCAUCUCUGCUCUACCACCUGGUAUGGGCCCUGCCAGACGGCCUGUAGUUUAUCGGUGCGGACAGGUUUAAGGAUUAGUACCUUCUGUCCCACUUGAAAACUACGGUCUCUGGCCCCCCUGUCAUACCAACGGCGCUGUCGUUGUUGGGCGGCCUGGAGGUUGGUGCGCACUGCCUGGGUCAAUUCCUCCAGGUGAUCCCGGAACGCCAGCACGUAGGGUACAAUUGGGGUCCCAUCUGCGCUACUCUCUCCCUCCCAAUGCUCUCUAAUGAGAUCCAACGGCCCCCGGACCCUUCUCCCAAAUAAUAGCUCAAAUGGGGAGAAACCGGUGGACUCUUGGGGCACCUCCCUGUAUGCAAAUAACAGAUGGGGAAGAAAUCGUUCCCAGUCCUUAUGGGUCUCUCCGAAUGUCCGGAGCAUCUGUUUUAGGGUGCCGUUGAAUCUCUCACAUAAUCCAUUGGAUUGCGGGUGGUAGGCGGAGUUAAUGAUUGGCUUAAUGCCACAUAUCCUCCAUAACUGCUGAGUAACCUCAGCCGUGAAUUGCGUCCCCCUAUCGGAGACCAUUUCCUGUGGGAACCCUACUCGGGAGAAUAUCUUCAUCAAGGCUUCGGCUACGGUCUCCGCGUGGAUAUUCGUUAGGGCAAUCGCCUCGGGGUACCGGGUGGCGUAAUCCACCACGGUCAGGAUAUACCGUUUCCCAGCGGGGCUGGGUUUUGGUAUUGGCGCUACUAUAUCCACUGCUACACGGCUAAACGGUUCCUCAAUGAUAGGUAGGGGACACAGUUUCGCCUUGUGGCGGUCCCCCCUCUUGCCUACCCUCUGGCACACAUCACAGGAGGUACAAUAUUGUCUCACAUCUUUAGAAAUCCCAGGCCAAAAGAAAGCGUGCGUUAAGCGAUACCGGGUCCGGGUCAUCCCUAGAUGGCCGGACAGAGGGAUAUCAUGGGCGAUUCUUAGUAACUCCUGCCUAUACUUCUGGGGCACUACUAGCUGCUUAGUUUGGAGCGUCACAGAGUUGCCUAUUGCCCUUUCCGCCACCCGGUAUAGUAACUUCUUCUCCCACCUGUACUGUUCUCCCUCCCGCCCCACCUGGUCCGUAUCUACCCUAUCCCGGUAUACCUGCAGUGUGGGGUCGGUCUGCACCUCUACUUCAAACGUGGACGGGGUGUCCCAAGUCAUGUCUGUCAAGGGGGGGUCAUGAGUUCUUACCUGAGCCUCAGAGUGUGCGGGGAAUGCCGUGGUGCGAGCCUGUUGCCGGGUGGUUACCGGAUGCGCCUCUUGUGACGGGGCCUGGGGUAGAAAAGCAGAAGUCAUCUGGCCCAAGUCAUUCCCCAAAACAACAUCGGCCGGUAGCUUUUUCAUUAUGGCCACUUCCACAACCCCCUCCCCAGCACCCCAAUUCAAAUGUACCUUGGCCGUGGGUAACCGGUACAUGGCUCCCCCUGCUACCCGGACUGCCACUGAUCCGCCAGUGUGGGCCGUAUCUGGAAUUAAAUGGGGGGCCACUAAGGUCAAGGUGGCUCCUGAGUCCCGCAGCCCCUGCACUUCUUUCCCUCCCACAAACACAACUUGGCGGUGAUGUUGCCGGUUGUCCGUGGCUUGCACAGACAUCACCUCGUACAGAACCCCCAAUGGUUCCUCGGUUGGUAUACUGGUCAGCUCCGAGUGGUCAGGUUCUGCGUGGUAGAAAUGGGCCGCCGCCCUGGGAACGGAAUUCUGCCGUACCUGGUUCCACGCCUGCCUGCUACGAUUCUGGGUGCACUCCCGGGACAUAUGCCCCCACUGCCGGCAGGUAUGGCAUUGUAUGUUGGCCCUGCCAUUGUAGCGGGCUGGCGGUGGGGGGUUUCCUGGUGGUGGCCUGAAUGGGGUAGGGUUGGCGGGUGUGGAGCUGGCUGGGUGGUGUGGUAUUGGCGGUCUUAGGGGACCCCUGUUGGUGAGCCCGUGGUGUCUCCGGGCAUCAAAGUGUUCGUCUGCCAAUCGGGCGGCUGCUGUGAGGGUGAGAGGUUUUCGGUCCCUUACCCACUCCUGUGCCUCUGGUGACAGACCGUUGAAGAAUUGCUCCAGCAAGAUGAGUUGGCGCAGUUCCUCCAUGGUGGUGGCUUGACUUGCCUGAAUCCACCCUUGGGAAGCUUGGUCCAGCUUAUGCGCCCAUUCUGCGUGGGAAUCUCUUUCGGGCUUUUUCAAUCCCCGAAAUUUCCGUCUGUAUGCCUCUGGGGUUAUGGCAUAUCUUUCUAGUAUUGCUCUUUUUACUUUAAAAUAGUCCUUGCUGUCCUCUCUGGGCACAGCGCGGUAAGCCUCUGCUGCUCGUCCCGCCAACUUGCCUGCCAGUAAGGGUACCCACAUCGUCGGUUCCAGAUCGUGCAGAUCGCAUAGCCUCUCGAAAUCCUGCAGAUAUCCGUCUAUCUCAUCCUUCUCUUCGCAGAAUGCUUUAAAUGCCUGGUACGGUAUUUUCUGCUUUGUUGGAGGGCAGAAUGAGUUGACGAUGGAUUCCGCCCUGGAUGGUGACCUCUGGGGUUGCUGUGCCAUAAUGUAGUCCUGGACGUCGGCCAUUAGCACGGUUAAGAUGUCCAGGGUUACUGGCUGUGGUACAAAUUCCAGCCGGGUUCUCAGUUCCCUCUGGUAUGGUGUUUCCUCUCUGGCAGGUGGGGGUGGACUGCUGUGUGCUUGGUCGUCCUCCAUUAGCUCUGCAAUCAGUACUGCCUUCGAUUUGUUGCUAGCGAUUUUCCCUCUAGCCUCCAGCAGCUCCUUUAGCGUCUGUCUCUUUAACGCCGUGUAAUCAGUCCCCAUUCACUGAUCGCUUUCGUCUAUUUGUUUCAUACGAAUUGCCUUUCCGUUCGGUUGUUCCUUUCAUUCGAAUGCGCUGUAUUCGGCUGUAGAGUUGGAUCCCGUCGCUUGCCACCAAUUGUAGCGGAACGCCAAUAUUAAAUCCACGAAUUCCGCUGGUCCAGAAACGAAUCCACAGUCAAGCGCUGAAAACACCAAGGCAAUAUCCCCAACCUCCCAAUAACCGGACGAGACACAGUUUUGGGAGUCAACUGACAAUCCUUUAAUCGGCACGACAAUUUAUACAAGUCCCCAUGCAAGGGGUUUCCUGAGUCCCUUCCCAGGGGCACUCCCAGAGGGGACUACAUGGGGGACUUACAGUAUAACAUAUUUCUCCCAUCAGGCACUGCUGCACGAGAGGGAUCAUCCUCCCAGAAUGCACCGUUAAGGGGAUUAUCCCCUCGUGCAGCAGAACCGGCAAUUCAUAUAAAAAUGCAUAACUUUUAAAAUACACGGUGGAUUUACACGAAUGGACGUUCGGUAGUUAGCUGGGGUCUGGGCGCAUCAUUCGUGAGAUUGCCGCUCAGAUCCCAGCCAGAAUAACCGAACGCCGCACAGAAAACACAUUUCUUUCAAAACCCACAAAAAGAACCGAUUGCUUUUGGUGAACCUGGUCCUGAAACUCCCGAACGUCUUGGAGGCUCAGCGGUGUUCGUGCCGUCGAAUAACUAUUGGUAAUGUUAUGCGUUCGACGACCCGGACCCGCUGAAGAACGAGGGAUCCAAGAUGGCCGACCGCCGCAUGGUCGGUAGUCGAACGACGGCCACCCAGGAGAGCCUCUAAUAACCGAUUGCAACAAUGUUGCAAUCGGUUAACUAGCGCCACACGCCUCUAAGUGUGUGGGCUAUUAGGGGGUAUCGCGUUCGGUUCACGAACGGCUUUCUAAAGUGCCGUUCGUGAAACGAAGGAAAAUCCCCAUACAAAACCGCCAUUUGCAUUCGGCGGAAACAGCAGUACAGGCAAUACAGAGAAUACAUUAACAUCUACAUAAGAAUCAACCGCAUAUCUCCCCCGACUUGUAGGCAACCCUUAAAGGCACAGUCUCUAGUUAUUGUCCAAGUGGCUAGGUUUGCCACACUAAUUAUAUACCGAGUCCACUGCACGAUGGUACUAAUUAUAUACCGAGUCCACUGCACGAUGGUAUUAAUUAUAUACCGUGUCCACUGCACGAUGGUACUAAUUAUAUACUGUGUCCACUGCACGAUGGUACUAAUUGUAUACUGUGUCCACUGCACGAUGAUACUAAUUAUAUACCCUGUCCACUGCAAGAUAAUACUAAUUAUAUACAGUGUCCACUGCACGAUGAUACUAAUUAUAUACAGUGUCCACUGCACGAUGAUACUAAUUAUAUACUGUAACGGACCGUUUUGCCCACAAGAGGUUAAAACUUGUUUAGGCGAUAUUCCCCUUUUUUCAGAUGCACAGACAGCUACUGCAAGCACCACUCUCCCGAACUGCAAACACACAAAUACUGGAAACAGCCGAAUAGGAAAAACCAUGCGAAUAGGUUUACACUCCUAGCAGUCAAACUGGAACAGCAUACAAUAAAUCCUCCCCCAAUAAUGAGACGACACUUCACUUUGAGGGUUAAGCAGGAACUCUCUGUAAUGGCCACACACUGGCUUUUAUGCAAGUCCCCAUGCAAGGGGACAUCCUACAGGGUGGGACACAGUACAACCAAUCGUUACAGGGGAACCGUAAAACACACCCACAAUUACAUCACAAUCCCUCCUCUCUGUCCUGGAGAUAAUUGUGAAGUAAUCAAAUUAUCUCCAAGGACAGAGGCAAGACUCCAUUAACCACGUGGCAGACAAAAGACAAUAAAAGACAUAAAAAUACAUACUGUUACAUUUAUCACAUAGAACAUACACAUUCUACCUAUCCCCAGAUAGCUUAGAUCUGAGCGCACAUUAUUACUGAAUGGCGCUCAGAUCACAUACAUACAGUUCAAUCGCCAUGGAGCCAAAGUCUUUCAUACAGUCUUUCAGUAUACAGCUGGGCUCCAUGGCAUAGCUAUCUGGGGUAGCAUGGCUUUAACAGUCUACAGAAAGGCUUUGCAGGGAAAAUAAAAGGUUUUAACUACAGAGCCAUAGUCUAAAGGGAGCAGGCGAGCAACCAGGCUUCUCCAGUGGACAGUGGCGAGGCUGGUUUCGCCACAUAUACAGUGUCCACUGCACGAUGGUACUAAUUAUAUACUGUGUCCACUGCACGAUGAUACUAAUUAUAUACCGUGUCCACUGAACGAUGGUACUAAUUAUAUACUGUGUCCACUGCACGAUGAUACUAAUUAUAUACCGUGUCCACUUCACGAUGGUACUAAUUAUAUACUGUGUCCACUGCACGAUGAUACUAAUUAUAUACAGUGUCCACUGCACGAUGAUACUAAUUAUACCGUGCCCACUGCAAGAUUAUACAAAUUAUACAGUGUUCAGUGCAGGAUGAUACUAAUUAGUAUCAUCUUGCAGCGGACACGGUAUAAUUAGUAUCAUCUCGAACUGUAAAUGUAUCGUUGGAUUUUAGGAAUCGACCAAUAUUGAUUUUGUUUAGAGCCCAUACCGAUAAUCUGUGAACUUUCAGGCCGAUAGCCGAUAACUUACCGAUAUUCUGUACAUUUACCAUUUUGAAAAAAUAAACUAUUUCUAAAGGUAUAUGCACAAAAUAUACAUGCCACAUGUAAUGGAUGCAGUGUGUUUAGACAGGGGGGCUGUGUGUGUUUGUGUAGUGUGUUUAUAGUGGAUGCAGUGUGUAUUUGUUUAGUGUGUAUAUAAUGAAUGCAGAGUGUGUCUGUGUAGUGUGUAUACAGAAUGCAGAGUGUGUUUGUGUAGUGUGUGUAUAUAAUGAAUGCAGAGUGUGUUUGUGUAGUGUAUAAUGAAUGCAGAGUGUGUGUAGAGCGAAUGCAGUGCUAGUAGUGUGUGUAUAGUGGAUGCAGUGUGUUUGUGUAUAGUGAAUGCAGUGUGCGCGUAUAGUGAAUGCAGUGUGUUUGUGUAGUGUGUUUAUAUAAUGAAUGCAGUGUGUGUUUGUGUAGUGUGUGUAUAGUGCAUGCAGUGUGUUUGUGUAGUGUGUAUAGUGAAUUCAUUGUGUUUGUGUCAUUUGUGUAUAGUGAAUGCAGUCUGUUUGUGUAGUGUUUAUAUAAUGAAUGCAGAGUGUGUGUAUAGUGUAUAGGGAAUGCAGUGUGUUUGUAGUGUGUGUAUAGUGAAUGCAGUGUGUGUUUGUGUAGUGUGUCUAUAGUGAAUGCAGUGUGUUUGUGUAGUGUGUGUACAUAAUGAACACAGAUUGUGUGUGUUUGUGUAGUGUUUAAUAAUGAAUGCAGAGUGUGUGUUUGUGUAGUGUGUGUACAAAAUGAAUGCAGAGUGUGUAUAGUGAAUGCAGUGUGUUUGUGUAGUGUGUGUAUAUAUAAUGCAGAGUGUGUUUGUUUCUGUAAGUGUGUAAUUUGUGUAAAAUGGGGGGAGAAAGGGGGCCUUUUUUAGUAAAUUUUUUUUUUUUUUUUAGUCCCCCUCCCCCCCCCUGCUUGUUACCUGGCCAGGGAGGGGAGAUAUGGCAUUCCCUCGUGGUCCGGUGGCAUGGACUCUGCAGAGGGGGCCCAGCACACUCUUACUUACCUUCCCAGCAGCUCCCCUGUCUAACACUAAGAGUGUGCUUGGUCCCCCAGGACCCUGAUGGCGGCCCUGGUCUGCAUUAUCAGCAAUAUCGGUAUCUUUAUUGGCCGAUAACGAUAUUGCUGAAAAUACAGAAUAUCGGCCAGACCGAUAAUCGGUCGAUCCCUAGUGGAUUUCACUCAUUGAGGAUUUAUUAUUACAGCGAGAACACGAGAUGUAAGUAUUUUUGAUGAGUUACAAAAUUAACAGACGCAGGGAAUAUUAUUUAGUCUAUGGCUAUGUGCAGGAUUCAUUUUGGGGGACUUUAUGGUGUCUGUGUAAUGUGUCCAUCGUGGUCUGUCUGCAGUAUAUGGACUCACAACAGUGUAUGACAUGUGUUCUCUCCACAAUUUCUCUUUGCAGUGUCUGUAUUACGUUCCGUGUGCAGCGUCUGUAUUACGUUCCGUGUGCAGUGUCUGUAUUACGUUCCGUGUGCAGUGUCUGUAUUACGUUCCGUGUGCAGUGUCUGUAUUACGUUCCGUGUGCAGCGUCUGUAUUACGUUCCGUGUGCAGCGUCUGUAUUACGUUCCGCACGUAGUGUCUGUAACAUGUUCCACGUGCAGUGUCUGUAUUACGUUCCGCACGUAGUGUCUGUAACAUGUUCCACGUGCAGUGUCUGUAACAUGUUCCGUGUGCAGCGUCUGUAUUACGUUCCGCACGUAGUGUCUGUAACAUGUUCCAUGUGCAGUGUCUGUAACACGUUCCGUGUUUUCUGUCUGCAGUGUCUGCAACACAUUUUGUGUGUUCUCUUUGACAAUCCGUAGAUAGGAAUCUAUUUUUAAUUGUUUUUAUUUAAUUGCACUGGAUGUGUAAACAUUAUUAUAAGCAAAAAUUUUACAAUUACUUGUCCCCCCACCCCAAUAUUUUCUAUUCAAUCUACACAUUAUGUUGUGUUGGUUAUCAUAUGUUAAAUGAGUGUCUGCAGCACAUUUCGUGUGUUCUCUUUGCAAUGUCUGUAUCACGUUUCGUGUUUUCUGUCUGCAAUGUCUGUAACACUUCCUGUGUGUUCUCUCAACAGUGUCUGUAGAACGUUCCAUGUGUUCUGUUUGCAUUGUCUGUAACACGUUUUGUGUGUUCUCUUUGCAGUGUCUGUAACACGUUUUGUGUGUUCUCGUUGCAUUGUCUGUAACACGUUUUGUGUGUUCUCUUUGCAUUGUCUGUAACACGUUUUGUGUGUUCUGUUUGCAAUGUCUGUAACACGUUUUGUGUGUUCUGUUUGCAGUGUCUGUAACACGUUUUGUGUGUUCUGUUUGCAUUGUCUGUAACACGUUUUGUGUGUUCUCGUUGCAUUGUCUGUAACACGUUUUGUGUGUUCUCGUUGCAUUGUCUAUAACACGUUUUGUGUGUUCUCUUUGCAGUGUUCCAUCCUGUGGAAUGUUCUUUCUGCCUAAAUGAAAGUAUGAUGGGCUUUAGGUACAGAUGUCAGCAGUGCCACAACUACCAGCUCUGCCAGAACUGCUUUUGGCGUGGCCACGCAAAUGGCCCUCAUAGCAACCAGCAUCAAAUGAAAGAGCAUUCUUCCUGGGUAAGAACCCCAUUUACAUUCCAAAAUAGUUUUACGUCUAAAACUUGUUCAAGUGCUUAAUGUGUGUCCUCUUUUUCUCAUUUUAUAAAAAGUGCAGCUUUGAAUAGAAAUAUUCACUUUUAUAAAUAAACUUUGUUACACCCCCCUGGCUAUCAAUCAGACAACCAGUCAUGUUACUUCCUGGUUUGUUUAGCUCAGUGGUGAUAAACUCAACGGGCAGCAAUUGCCCAGAGCACCUGCCUUGCAAAGACGUCUCAUUGAGCUGCAUUGAGAAGGCUGUGAUUGGACAGCCACAGAAAGUCUGGGCGGAGUUAGAAGGGGAGGGCUUGUUGUUAGAUAUAUCCCCAAUGAAAAAUUAAAUAAAAAAUGAUAUGCAUGGAAGUUUCCGUUGGAGGUAUAUACACCCCCACUAACCCUAUAGAAACCCCCCCACUAACCCUAUAGAAACCCCUCCCCACUAACCCUAUACAAACCCCCCACACUAACCCUAUACAAACCCCCCCACACUAACCCUAUAAAACCAGCACACUCACAGGAUACCAUCCCCCACAUUAACGCUAUACCAACCAUACACUUUACCCAAUGCUUACAUUAGGUAUGCCUACCCUAAUCGUACCCUUAACUUCAAGACUAAACUAUCUUUAACCCUAAAACAACAUUAACCCAUUCCCAGCAUUAAUCCUUACCUUAAACUAACCCUAUAGCUAACCAUAUCCCAAUACUAAGUAUUACCUUCCCUACUCUUAGAUCAUCCCCUCCCCUAAUAACCCCAACCCUAACACUAAGAUAACCCACUGCUAAUAUCAAUUCUGAGAUUACAAUUGGGUUUCACUAUUUAACACAGUCGAUGGUAUGUUGCCACCAUCUAUUGGCCAUGUUUAGAAUUACACUUAGUGUAAUUGUGGGUGAGCCUGGUGGCUGGGAUAUAUCCGCCAUCGUAUGCACUGCUUCUGUAAGAGCGGUACAUUUCAUACAGGUUCUGUUCGUCCUAUUUAUUUAGCAUUGUAUCGUUACUACAGCCCCCCUGACAGCACAACAGUGAAGACGUCAUUAUUCAAUAUCUACAGCUCAAUGCUAAUUCCGUGGUUGUCUACUUUGUUUUUAUAUGAUUUCAAAUGGCAAUUGAAACGGGCAUUUUGAACAUGACUUUAACUCAAUAUUUUACUAGUUGUUUGGUCAAAUUAACAUUUGGUCAGUGAACUGACAUGUGCCAAUUGUUUGAGCAAUUGGACUGUGAACUCGACCCUGUGAGCCUGGGAGCUUCAGGAAAUGAAUCAGGGAUUUGUGCGCGAAGGAAAAAAAUAGCUUUCCCCUCCCACCCACUGUGCGAUCCCUCCCGCCUAUGUCUAUUACUUGUAUUUUGUUCUUUUUUGUUUUUUUCUUUUACUUAAAACUUCCUCACUCUGAAAUUGCCUCUCCCCUUCCUUCACUGGCUCACUGACUAUGGUCCAAUCAUAGGAUUCUGUAUUAAGCAGAUGUUACAUUUUAGGUAUUUAGUGCAAUAGUUUGGUUGGUCCGUGAACAAGUUCAUUCUCCCACUACAAUGCCCAUUCGCAUUGUCCAUGUGUUCAUCGAAUUCUGCCUCUGAAUCACAAAGCAAAUUAAAAUGACCAUGGACAAACAAAAUCUUUGCACAUUAAUUACAUUUCCUUUAGUGAUUUAAUUUUUUAAUUCUUUAUUUUUGCAGUGCAAAGAGAAACAAGCACACUUCUUAUACCCCAACAGCAUAAACAAACAUCUUAGAACACAUAGUAAAACAAAUGUGUGCAGGCGAUAGUAAUGCCCCAUUUUUAAAAUGAAUAAAAACAAGAUAUGUUCUCUUGUCUAAACGUUGGACAGAUGUUAAACUGACAUGCAUGAGGAGUAAUAGUCCAUGGCCCCAGGGUUGCAGUGUAGUGCUUGCGUAUGAUAGCCAUGGCAAGUUUACAAGGAGCCUUUAUUUCAUGUUGUUACAGUUAUAUGGACAAAAUGGAGCUGAGCAUUUGUUUGUUUUGGUGGGGCUGAGGGUUGUUUUCGGCAAGGAAAAAAAGGAAUUCUGGGAAGAAGACUUGCUGGAGAAAUGUAUGGGCUGUUUAUUACCCAUUUCGUGCAAAUGACCCAAUCCCCCGCACUGUGUGUGGUCUAGUGUCUGGGAGGAGCUUUAAUCACUAAAGUGCGAUUUUCUCCUGGAAUAAAAAAACUGCAACGGAGGUACUCCUCUCCGCUACAAGUAUUCUAUAAUAAAACAAGCUUAGAAGAGACAUUCUCAGUGUGGGAUAGUAAGCGAAAGAUCAAUGCAUAAAUUGUCAUAUAAUGUCCAGCUUUAUCCCCCCAGGAGGCACCCUGUCAUGGCAGCUAGAGAUGUUCUUAAACAAGAGUAAAAAAGGUAACCGGUUAAGCACCUUCAGGAUCCCAAAGCAAAAGUAUAUUCCAAAGGUAUAGCUAUGAAGAGCAUAAAAAGUAAUGCUAUUUUACGUCCCUUAUCAAAGAAGACCUGAGGUGUGAAGAAUAAAAAUAAAGGAGCCUGAGUCCCAGAGAGUCCCAUAACACAUCCCCCUCUUAGCUUAUGCCCUCAAGAGGUAGAGUGCAGUCCAAUUGUAUGGAGAAGCAUUUCAGGCCCAAUUUGCAGCCAACGCUGGAGUCACGCCACCUUCAGUUGCUGCAUGAGCACCACUGUCCCCUUUGGGAACUCUGAUUCGGGCCUCAAAAGGUAGGAAGAUGCAGGUUGAGAAGCCAACCUCUUGCGAUGGGGUCUAGCUGCGACCAAAGUCAACGGUGUAUUGAUAUUAAGGUGGGAGAUCUCGUCCACUCUUUCACCAUUGUUAGUCUCUCCGCAUUGUGACAACCAUGUGGUUGCAAUGAGAGCGUGGUGAUAACACCACAUGUGAUUGGUCACUUGUUUGUUGCUCAAUAGCCUGUCUCUCUCAGAGUGCCAAUUAUCUCCAAAAGUCAGCAAAUAUGUUAUCCAGCUUGGCCACGAUGUCUGGCAUCUGCCAUGAUGUGUCUUCGUGUCAGCAGUCUGCUUGCUUGGCAUCAACUCUCGUGCCUGACACAGCCUGGUUUCUGCAUUAUUUUGUAUCAACAACACACAAGAUGUAUGAAAAGCGGAUCAGGUGCCUGCGAGUCUCAGAUUUCCUUACAGAAAGUAUUCAAUCUCAGGCCGUGGGCUCUAUUUAAUUGUGGUUAUCAGAUGAUUUCAUUUCCAAUGACUUCUAAUGAACUGAGAAUAGUCUCCAACACAGCUAAACCAUCAAGAAAUGUUAUUUGGCUUGUUUAGGAUCUUACAUAAUUCUUCACAGCUUCUCCCCAAAGUAUUGAAGAUCCAAACUGAUUCUCUCUCUGUACCUGCCAGUAUUACAAGAAGCCUAAUGCUUAUCAAUAUACUUUCUUUAUAUACAGAUAAGUGGGAGACAUCUGGCUAUACAGAUCAGACCUAUUGUAAUUCCCAAAUUUUGAGAGAGGUUAUUUAUAGUUUCCAUGGUCAUAUGUCUUGAAUUGGCCAUAUCCUCCUUUUAUUGCAUUAUGAGUUUCUUCUUACGUAUGAAGUUGGAGUAAAGGGUAGCUGUUAUGACAAAUACAACUUAAUUGUAAUGUUAGAGAAUCAAACUAUAUGUAUAGGUUGUCCUAGCAUAUGUUUUGAUUUCUCUAAAAUCAGAGGUUAAAAAACCUCUUCCUGUUAGUCCGUUCAGUCUGUGCCGAACCUGUGCAAUUCUUCAGAGAUAAGAAGGCCGUGCUCUGCAUGUCUGUUACUAUAGAAUCCUCUCUCCUGCUUGAAUUCAUCCUAAAGGAAAACAAUGCCUGCAAGGGGAAGAAGGGAGGAGGGGCGGGUUCUGUGUGAGAGCAGCAGCACGGAGAGAGGAGAGAAAAGGCCAGAAUGGUUAUUGCAGCAGCUUCGAACAGGCAAUCUAACAAUGGAUAGAGAGAACAGAUACGUUUUAUUUACAGAAAGCAUUAAAGUGCAUAAAGCAUAAAGUAUGAUUUUUUUUAACCUGUUAUGAGAAGUAAGUCUCUCCUUCCCAAAGAGGAGUAUGCCGGAGGGGUGCGUCUUACAGCAACUGUAACAACUGAAAAUUGACUGAUGAUCUCGGAGACAGGGAUAAUGAAAAUAAAUUUUAAAAAAUGAGCUUUUAAUAGUAUUUAAGGGACAAAACACUUCAAUUGUAAAACAGGAGUCAAACCAGAUGUUUAUAAAACUACAAAGCAUUAUCUGUUACAAUAGGUUCACUUGAAAUACACCUUUGUUUAUUUUUCAUGGAUUUUUGAACAAUUCUGCUUUUUAUCAUUCACUACAAAACUAAGAUAGACCUGUAUAUUUUGGUGAAUAUCAGUGGUUCUUAAUGUGAGAUGAUGCCUGUCAGGAUAUAUUAACAGCGGGAAACACAGCCCUUCCCGAGGCAGGGUAUACGCUAUAAUCUGUCUCUGUAUGUCACUUGUCUUGGGAUGAAUAGUUUAUUUCCUGUUUGGAUUCAUCAAUCCUAGUAGUUAAAGGGUUACUCCAACCACCAUGACCAUAGAAACAUAGAAUGUGACGGCAGAUAAGAACCAUUCGGCCCAUCGAGUCUGCCCAAUUUUCUAAAUACUUUCAUUAGUCCCUGGCCUUAUCUUAUAGUUAGGAUAGCCUUAUGCCUAUCCCACGCAUGCUUAAACUCCAUUACUGUGUUAACCUCUACCACUUCAGCUGGAAGGCUAUUCCAUGUAUCCACUACUCUCUCAGUAAAGUAAUACUUCCUGAUAUUAUUUUUAAACCUUUGUCCCUCUAAUUUAAGAUUGUCCUCUUGUUGUGGUAGUUUUUCUUCUUUUAAAUAUAGUCUCCUCCUUUACUGUGUUGAUUCCUUUAUAUAUUUAAAUGUUUCUAUCAUAUCCCCCCUGUCUCGUCUUUCCUCCAAGCUAUACAUGUUAAGAUCCUUUAACCUUUCCUGGUAAGUUUUAUCCCGCAAUCCAUGAACCAGUUUAUUAGCCCUUCUCUGAACCCUCUCUAAGGUAUCAAUAUCCUUCUGAAGAUACGGUCUCCAGUACUGUGUACAAUACUCCAAGUGAGGUCUCACCAGUGUUCUGUACAAUGGCAUGAGCACUUCCCUCUUUCUACUGCUAAUACCUCUCCCUAUACAACCAAGCAUUCUGCUAGCAUUAGGUUAGUACUCUAUCAAAUAUUCUGUACUCUGCCCUUGGGUUUUUACGUCCAAGAUGCAUUAUCUUGCACUUAUCCACAUUAAAUGUCAGUUGCCACAAUUCUGACCAUUUUUCUAGUUUACCUAAAUCAUUUGUCAUUUGGCUUAUCCCUCCUGGAACAUCAACCUGUUACAUAUCUUAGUAUCAUCAGCAAAAAGAGAUACCUUACCAUCAAGACCUUCUGCAAUAUCACUAAUAAAAAUAUUAAAGAGAAUGGGUCCAAGUACAGAUCCCUGAGGUACCCCACUGGUGACAAGUCCAAGCUUCGAAUAUAUUCCAUUAGCUACAACCCUCUGUUGCCUGUUACUCAGCCACUGCCUUACCCAUUCAACAAUAUUUGAAUCCAAACUUAAAGAUUGCAGUUUAUUGAUAAGCCUUCUAUGUGCAACAGUGUCAAAAACCUUACUGAAAUCUAGGUAAGCAAUGUCUACUGCACCACCCUGAUCUAUAAUUUUAGUUACCCAAUCAAAAAAUCAAUAAGAUUAGUUUGGCAUGAUCUCCCUGAAAUAAACCCAUGUUGUCUCUGAUCUUGAAAUCCAUGUGUUUUAAAUGUUCAUCAAUCCUAUCCUUUAACAUGGUUUCCAUCACUUUCCCCACUACUGAAGUAAGGCUCACUGGCCUAUAGUUGACCAACUCCUCCCUAUUACCUUUCUUGUAAAUGGGCACAACAUUCGCUAACUUCCAAUCUUCUGGGACUACUCCUGUUAACAAUGAUUGGUUAAAUAAAUCUGUUAAUGGUUUUGCUAGUACACCAUUUCUGCUUUCAAUGACGGUGGUGGGAUCCUUCAUUAUGUUCGGCGUUUUCUGCUUGAAACUCUACACGUACAGAGAUAUAGUUAGUUUUGUGCUGGGGGCUAAGACAUCCCCAGCACACGUGACUUAGGCUGCUUAUUGUGAAUCCUACGAAAAAUUCACAUAUGUCGCCAGAGAACGCAGUGCGCCGUCAGCAGGCAUUGAAGGUCUCCCUCCCAUCCAUCACUCCCUCCUUCAUUGAGGUCUCUGCCUAUUCUAUUCAUAGUGCUCAUGUUGUUUUUUAAUUCCCACUCUCGCUCUGUCCCUCGAUCACCUUGCAAGUUCACAGCGCGCAUGCACUCUGACGACCAAAGGCAUCUCUGUGGGAAACCGCACGAGGCCGCAUGGUGACAUCUCAUGGAGACGUGGAUGGCUACGCUGGGAGCACCUCUCAGCCCUGGAUUCCAGGUAAGUAAAAAAACUUUAAAUGCAGGUUUCACCGCUAAAUUUACAGGUGGGGGGCCUAAUGAACAGUACGCUUUGGACAUUUUAAAUAAAAAACCACAGUUUAAAGAAAUAAAAUUUAGAUAGUGUUGGAGUAACCUUUUAAGGUCACUAACAUUGCAUAAUCCUGUUUAUUUUUGACGCAGCACAGCGUUAUUAACGAUAACUUACCUCUAAUUAUACGCGUGUGAAGAGAAGGCUCGAUAUGCUGCUAUUACAGCCUACAAUACCCUAUACCGGUGUAUUUUAUAUAGUCAAUACUGACAUUUAUUGGUACGCUGCGGCCACAUUCAGAGUGUCGUUGUAUCGUACAUCCCACGGGACGCGGGUUUCAGCAUUUCUAUUUAUUUUGUUGCAGUUGCUGACAAAUUUUCUAUGCGUCUAUGCUACGAUUUCAAAUAAUCUUCUUAAUAAGAUAAACAGCGCCAUGUAAUCUCUGAAGGUUUUCAUCCCUCAAAGCGUUGCAUAGAAAAUAAAAACUUAAAAUCGGGUAAAUUCAUGAAAUUGCUGUCUAUGUAUCCCAUGUUUUUAAAUUAAAUUAUUAAAAUGAUUAUGUGAAAGGAGUUAAAACUAAUGUUGCAAAAAUGAAUACAUAGAUAUUGAAAGAAAAAGCCCUAAAUAAAAUCAAUGUGGCCAUCAUUUCCCCUGCGAGAUUCACAGAAAAUAUUAGAUGAUGGCCAGAUUGAGGCUUCUCCUUAUUAAUUCAUGACUUGCGUUCAUAAUGCGCCAACAUAUUCCGGAGCGCUGUACAAUUCUCCUUAUCACACUUCUAAAACAUUUCUUGAUCUUGAGAACGUGUGAAGCACCCAGAUUUAGAAAUAUUUUUUUCACAUUCCACAUGCAGUUCAGACUGCCAGCAGCAGAGGGAACUAGCAGUAUUCCAAAAAUUGCCAUAUAGACAGAGCAUGCACUGUAGCUCAGACUCCGGAUUCGCUCAAUCCGGAGAAAUGUCUUCGUGGCUGCCAUAAAUGGGGGGAAAGGGCAGGCCCUAUUAUAUUACAGUCUGAUUCCUGUUAUUAUUAUAUCAAGCUUUACUGGGACAUCCUUGUAGUGGAAUGGACGCUUGCUAGACACUUUUUAUUCCCCUUCCGUACCCCCUGUAGUAGAACUUCCACCUUUCGUGUGUUUUCCCCCUGUUCUUUCAUAUGGUUCUUCUUUGGCCGUUCGGGAGACUUUAUACAAACAGAAUCCCUUUGUCUCCCGAACGAGGACCACCCCUGUGCCCCAUUAGAACGUUGUCACCCACCACAUAAGUGUAAAACCGCAAGGGAAACAAUUAAUGAGUGCUUCCCCUGGGUGUCCGCCAUUUCAUAUAACCGAACAUGUGGCAGAGAGAAUUGCGGCCAUCCUGUCUCCCAAACGUGGGCAGCGGUACUUGGUCGUCGAGUGCCUGGAACUCUUUUCAGCUAGGCACUCGCAGGAACGCCGGUACACCUUAGAUUGCUGCCCGUUCCAGUUCCCGACCACCUACACAUACGACGUCCAGGAGAUAUGAACUACCGAACAGAGGGGGCAUUCGUAUCCUGAAAUAAAGAGAUUCCUUUGUAUGGUGUUUGUACAAGAACCUCACGAACUGACACCGGCCAGGGCACCUAUUUCCCUGGAACUGUUUUGGGCUAGCGCCUCGUGUCUGGCCGGUAAAACUUUACCACGAUGGCAUUCCCAUUCUGUCGAACUGAUCUGAGUGAUUCUUGGAUAUGUUGGACACUUAGAUCGGGGCUAUCUGGGAAUGUACUUUUCACAGGGUUCUUGGGUAUAGUUGAGGUACUUUUUGGGUACAGGAUAUUUUGUUGGAUUUUCCGUACCUGGGAGAUAAUUAAAUUAAAUGAGUUUUCUCAGGCAAUUAUCUCUUAGGCACAGAGCAUCCCAGGAUUGAAACCCUUGUAUUAUUGUAUGUGAAACCCCUUGCAUUGGACUGGGCCGUGUAUGUGACAAUAAACUUCAGUUGUACUCCCGGAACUGUGUGUCGUCCAGUUGCUGGGAAGGAGGUGGGAUAUUUCCUUGGUGUUUUACUUGUUCCUGAGUUUUCUUUGGUGGAUCCAGCGGUGAAGAGUCCCUGCUAGGACUAUUACUCCGCUACAUUGGUUGGCAACGUCUGGAUCCAGAGCUCACGGAGAAACAAGAACCACAGUGAAUGUUUAGAAGUCGUAGAUGGACCGUGAAUGGAGAUUGACUAUACCGUCCUAAAACGGUCCACUCUAAAGGGUCUCCUAGUGGCAAGAAGGAUAGCGGCAAGCCAUAAGAAGAACGCCACCCUCAUUGCCAAAAUCAUGGCGGAAUACCGAAUAGACGGCGCUUCGGAUCAGCACGAACGGGAAACUACCGAAUUUCAACAGGAACUACAGUUCCGGCUAUCUUUUUAAGGCGAAAACCAGUCUGAAAUUAUUGCCUGGACCAUGUCGGAAGUCCAGGAGUUCGUGUUAAAACUGAACGAAAUGCAAAAUCCCGAAAGGACACAGGCAGUGACAAUGGUACCAGAGGGUACCUUAUGGUGCAUUUAAAAACUUUGUAGAGGCGGAGGAUGAUAUUGAUGCUUUCCUCCAAGACUUUGAGACACAAUGUAUACUACAUAGUAUCAGCCCAAAAGACUGGAUGCUGCUUUUGCGUAGCAGAUAAUCAGGGCGGGCAGCCGAAGCCUACCGAACAGUCCCUGACAAGAGUAUUAGAGACUAUGUUUGUUUGGGUGAAGACCAUAAUAUUAGCCAGGUAUGCCAUCACUCCAGGCAGUUCAAGGAGGUGCGGAAAACAGAGAGUGGACAUUUCGGCUACACCGAGCCACCUUGGGGUGGGUACAAGCUCACCAAGUGAGUACCAUGGAAGAACUGUUGCAGCUGGUACUAUUGGAACUAUUUUUUAACAGGCUGGCUCCAGAGAUACAAGAGUGGGUGCGGAACCGCAAUCCCAUCACCAUCACUGAAGCAGCAAGGCGGGCAGAUGUAUACCUAGAUGCCCGCCGACCUCAUAGACCGGUCUAGCCCAGAGUCUUUCCUCGACCAGCCUUAGCCUUUCUGGACCGGUGGCACAACACAGACAACUCUGUACCUUCAACGCCCCACCACCAUGCUUCCACCAGCAGGGCCAGGUACAGCAGCUACCUUUUGGGAAGCGGGUGAGGGGGCCCCUAGACCUUAUCUGGGAACAUUGGGAAGGGGAUAUUAGCCAGGAUAGUACCCCCAAGGUUCCAUAUAUACUGGAGCUCCGUGACUGUCUGGAGGAGCUCACUAAGUCUGUACAAACAAACCUCCAGGCGGCGCAGAACCCCCAGCGCACAUGGUAGGGUCGGGGAGCCAGGAACCGUAGUUUUCAGGUUGGACAGAGAGUUUUAGUUUUAAAUCCUGUCCGUAAUGACAAGCUACAGGCGGCCUAGCAGGGACCAUACCAAGUGGCGGAAGAAAAGUGUUACACUACAUACGUGAUCGGCCCUUGCUCUGAAACGGGAGGGCGAUGCAUGCUCCACGUGAACUUUCUGAAGCCCUACCAUGAACGAGCAGAGGAGGUGGCGGCGAUCUGCGCCCCUGCCUCUGAGGAUUUUGACAACCUUCCCCACCAGACCUCCUAGGGGACGGGAGUCAGACAGGCAAGUUAGAGGAGGUCAAGUUGGGAGAACGGCUGAGCCCACAGAAGUGGUCCCAAGUGAUCUCCAAUUUGCCCGGGUACCCCUCUUUGGCUACUCACCGGGUAGAGACACCAGGUCAACUCUUACUAUGCCAACCCUUAUACCAAAUCCCUGUAUCUGUACAGGAGAGUAUGCAAAAGGAGAUCCAGGAGAUGCUCCAACUGGGGGUUAUUGAGUUCUCUGACAGCCCCUGGGCCUGCCUGGUAGUUCUCGUGCCGAAACGGGACGAUACGACCCGUUUCUGUGUGGACUACUGGAGGUUGAAUAUUAAGACAGUUUCAGACGCCUAUCCGAUUCCUAGCAUAGAUGAGUUAUUAGACUGGAAGGCUAGGGGCCAGUACCUCACUACGAUUGAUCUUUGUAAGGGGUAUUGGCAGAUUCCCCCAGCCCCCAAGGCCAUCCCUAAGUGUGCCUUUGUCACCACAUUCGACCUGUACCAAUUUAAGGUCAUGCCGUUUGGGAUGAAAAACCCUCCGGCUACCUUUCAGAGAAUGGUGGACCGGCUCCUAGAUGGGUUCCAAGACUAUGCCUGUGCCUAUCUAGAUGAUAUCACCAUAUUCAGCGAUACCUGUCAGGAGCACUUGGCCCAUAUAGGAGCUGUCCUAGAUAGAAUUAGGGAGGCAGGCUUAAUGGCACUGUAUCUGCUUCAUCUCAUUAAACUGGUUAUAGUGUCUGGAGUCCCCUGGUACCAUCAUUUCUUUCAGCAUUAAACAGUUUUUAAUGUUUUAAAGUUUUAAUGCUAAACAAGAAUCCCUGGCAGUCCACCCCCUCUGUGCUGCUUUAGCUAAUAAGGAAGUAUUAGCCUGAGCAGCAAUAGGCAGCUGUGAUUGGCUGAGAGUGUCAGCUGACUGCUUUUAGCCUGUCAGAGCUCCAACUGACGGUAUGAAUGGGUAUGACAACAAGGAAGUGUGUAAUCUCUGCCUUAGCUACACAUACAGACUGUAGGUGGCCAGGGACUGUUUAUUUUGUGCCAUACUGCACGAACAUGGUACUACACUGAAUGGAGGGACAGUACCAGGGCACUCCAGGCACUAUAACCAAUUCAAAGAGAUGAAAUGGUUAUAGUGACUACAGUGUCCCUUUAACGCUUAAGCCUAGCAAAUGUAUUAUAGGCAUGAUCGAGUUACAGUACCUCGGUCACAAAGUAGGCUGCGGGCAGCAGAAGCCUGAGCCUGCUAAGAUUGAGGCAGUGGCCUACCCCCAGAAUGAAGACGCAGGUGUUAGCCUUCCUUGGGACGGCAGGGUAUUACAGUAAGUUUGUGCCCAAUUAUAGUGCCCUGGCCAAGCCCCUUUAGUCUGGGCCCCGGAGUGUGAGCAGGCAUUCCAACAGUUAAAGCAAGCUCUAGUAAAUGCCCCUUGGCAGCUCACAAUCAAACUAAACGCUUUUUUGUCCAUACAGACGCUUCUAUGUUUGGAUUGGGAGCAGUACUGAGCCAAGUCGGAAACCGAUGUCCGAGAACAUCCCAUGGCUUACAUCAGCCACAAGUUUUUACCCCGAGAAGUAAGCUAUGCCGCCAUCGAAAAGGAAUACCUUGCCGUGGUGUGGGCCCUGAAAAAGUUGCAAUCUUAUUUAUACGGACAGCCCUUCUCCUUGAUCAUGGAUCGCAACUCGUUGGUUUGGCUGAACCGGGUGGCGGGAGAUAACGCCAGGCUGCUGCACUGUAGUUUGGCGCUGCAGCCUUUUGACUUCACCAUCCACCGCCCCAUGAAACAAAACUGUAAUGCUGACGGGUUGCCCAGAGAGAUAAAACUUGAGAAGUGAUCUGUGAGCACCCCCGGACAUCCCCAAGCCGAUCCGUUAAGGAUCAGGCUGUUGGUUACGGGGGUGCAGUGUAGCAGAAUGGACGCUUACUAAACACUUUUUAUUUACCUUUUUCAGCUAUCCGUACCCCCUGUAGCAGAACUUCCACCCUUUUGUGUGUUUUCCCCGUUCUUUCGUGUGCUUCCUCUUUGGCCGUUAGGGAGACUUCACACGAACAGAAUUCUUUCGUCUCACGAACGAGGACCACCCCUGUACCAUAUUAGAAAGUUGACACCAACCACUUAAGUCUGAAACCGCAACCGUUGACACCAACCACUUAAGUGUGAAACUAGGGCUUUGCUACAAUCCUUUCUCCUGAGGCUCUCUGGAUGGCAAGGUUUAAUGAGGGCAAAAUAUCAUUUGUAGAACAGAAAUACAACAUACCAAACCUUAAACUAGCAGUAAAGCCCACAACGUAUCUAAAAACACCUGCCUUAGAUAAAUAUAACAGGGGUUUCGUUGUAGCACAUAAAUAUUAUUGGCCACCUGUGCUAUGCAGGGAAUGAAGUCUCCUGCUAGAUACGGGGAGUGGCGUAUCCUGUAAGAUGUGAGGAAUGGCGUCUCCUGCUAGAUGCGGGGAGUGGCGUAUCCUGUAAGAUGUGAGGAAUGGCGUCUACUGCGAAUUGCAGGAAUGGCGUCUCCUGCGAGAUGCGGGGAAUGGCGUAUCCUGUAAGAUGUGAGGAACGGCGUCUCCUGCUAGAUGCGGGGAGUGGCGUAUCCUGUAAGAUGUGAGGAAUGGCGUCUCCUGCGAGAUGCGGGGAAUGGCGUAUCCUGUAAGAUGUGAGGAACGGCGUCUCCUGCUAGAUGCGGGGAAUGGCGUAUCCUGUAAGAUGUGAGGAACGGCGUCUCCUGCGAGAUGCGGGGAACGGCGUCUCCUGCGAGAUGCGGGGAACGGCGUCUUCUGUCAUAUUUUGGAAGAAUCUCACUCUUGCCUCUUUCAGGAUGCACAUCCUGCCCUUGUGAUAUGUUUUGGACCACUCGCAUGGCGUACCAUUUAUUACUUACAAAGCGCUGAGCCUCGCAUAUACAUGGCGGAACACUGCUGAAAAUUCUUCCCUUUAUAUUACAUCUGUGAAAAACAGCAGUAAUAGGAUUUUUUAUUAAACACGUGUAGGUUUUGUGUUUUCUGUAUUAAACAUAGGUGGUGAAGGAUAGCAGCUUAUUGUCUGUGCAAACAAAAUUACCGAUCUAUGUAAUCAAUUCUAAUGUGUUGUGAGUGUCGGAUUGUUACCUUGUCACUCCCAGACGCACAGCAGUGUAACACUGUGUACUUGCAGGAGACUCUUCGUGUAUAUGCAAAGAUGGACACCUAGCUCUAGCUUGUAUUAGGCUCUGAGCAAUGUGAGUGGAGGUCCAAAGGGAUUUAGUGGGAAACUGUUUGUUUGUUGUGUAAAAACAGUUUUCACUAUUAUUGUCUCUUUGUUAUUUUCUUUUGGAGGUAAAUUUCUUCUAAAGUAGCUACAUCGCUGCUAAGCAUUGGCACUAGUUUUCAUCUUUUCUCACGGCUGGUAUAUUGUAAUUAACACUAAUUGCACAAAAAUGUGUUCAUCAAGCACUUUACAAAGACUUCUAAACAUGAUUGUGACAAUAUAGGUCAAGGUUUUACACAUAUAUUCAAUGUUUUUAUUGCAUGAGCACUUUGAGGAUAUAUUCUAAAUUGGCUGUGAAUUCGUUGUGACACCUUUAGAAGUGGAUAUUUUGCAGAUUGAUUUAUUUGUAUUUUUAAGCGCUACACCAUAAUGCCAUGUUGUUGAAGAUUUUUAGAGUGUUUUCAAGCCUUACACAUGAUAGGGGUGAGCAGCUAAAUGUUCUAAGACAUAUCAACAUAUAGAUUUUAUCUUUUUUAAGCUCCUUCUAUAUAUUUAAACAUUUGCACUUUCCGUGCAUAGUACAGGAGCAGGCAUCCAGGGCUACUCCUCAAUCACCUUCACAAAGUAAAAAGAAUGGUGGAUCCACAACCUGAUAGAUCUUACUUCGGUCACCCUCCGCUAAUGGCCUACAAAGAGGCAGAUCUAUCCAAAAUCACCUAGAGCCGAAUAAAAAACGGAAAUAACACGACAAAUAUUUUUUAGCAAUCGCCAAUUUGGUAAUCUUCCAUGUCUGAAUUGUGGCUGAUGUGGUUCAGUGAUCAAGGGCCAAUCCUUUCCCUGUACUGGCAAACCGUUUACAAUUAAGCAACGUUUUUGCUUGUAAAUCUACUUCAGUAGAUCUCAUUAAAUGCCCCUGUGGAAACAAAAGAAAAAAGUUACCUGCGCUCUCUCCUUAAUCCCUAUGUAUAUUUAGACAAAUGGAGGUCAUUUAGUUGCUCCAAUGGCCACUGGAGGGAACGCCCGCCUGCCAAAGUCAAGGCAGACCCUCCUAAGCGGGUCCUAACACUGACCCUUCAGCCUGCUUCCUUGAGCUUCUGGCAAAGAUAUCUCUAAUGAGACAGAGAGGGGUAUUUUUUAUAUACACCCCUAUAUAGUUAUUAACCCUUAAUAGGGAACACAUGGGAUGGGCGGCAGCAUUGUAACAAGGCUGUGUGAUACAAAAAGUGAAUACAAAAAGAUAAGUCAGGCCAUUGGAGUAACUAAAUAACCCCCAUUUGUUUAAAUAUACAUAGGGAUUUAGGAGAGAGCGCAGGUAACUUUUUCCUUUGGGUUUUACUGUAUGUAUUGCGGCUGAUGUGUACUGCUGCCCAGGAGUGAUGGGAGUGAGCGCAGGUCUUACCUUUUUUCAAAUGCCCCUAUGGGUUGAUUUAUAUUGCUGUAACCGCCAGUAAAAUCAGGGGGCACAUAUCCAAACAAAGUGCCUGAAUCAGGGCAACCAGGGGGAAUAAAAUAUGGGUCCUUACAGUCACUGACCUGGCCCAUAGUCAGUGGACAGGAGGCCAGCUUCCACACUUCUCCAGGAGUCCGUGGCAAACAUCUGUGGAAAGCGGCGUGUGUCACAUUGUUUACCUACCCCAGGUUGGGUGGUCCCUUGUGCAUUAAUUGAUGUAAUUAAGAGAGUAUUUAACCACUUAACGCCAUUACGAUCACCACAAUGGCUUUCAACCCCUGGAGCAGGAUUGUACUUACCUCCACCGUGAUCCGCUUCUGGGGGACUGCCUGACAGCCCAGGCACCCACGGGCCACGUGAUUGCUCACAGAGCGCUCACAUGGUCCCAAUAGGAGUCCAUGGAGUUGCCUGCACUGUCAAGCAGUUCCUCUAGUGCUGGGGGAAAAGAAUUAAUUGGUGCACAAAAAAUGCGCGUGUGUCCCCCCCCAAAGAUGGCUAGGGCUGCACUCACCUGAACAUGCAUACAUUAUAGAGUGCUGCUGGGGCCAAAAUAUACAAAAUACACAAUCCAGCGCACUCGCCUAUUCACUAAACAUCAAUUUAUGGAGUGCAUUGACUUUGUGGAAGGCUGAUCCAAUGUAUAAUCAUAUAACGUAACUAAACCCACAUUAUUCUUGCCUAGGUGAGGUGUUUUUAUAUAAAACUAUUACAAUCUGUAAGACUUGAAAUUGCUGUUUAGUGAACGAGUGAGUGCGCUGCAUUUUGUAUGUUACAUAUAUACAAUUUUAUACUUAAUGUAUUUUUAUAUUACAUAUUAUACAUAUAUUUGUGACUAAGUGGCUACUUAGAAAGAAGGGACAAACCCAUUUUGAGUACCUUGGGUUGUCUACUUUUGCAAGUGGUAUGCCAUGAUGUGGGUCAUACUCAUUCCUGGGCUACCAUAUGGUCUCAAAGGCAACGUAACCAAUCUGGCGAAUCUCAAAUUGCUGAAACAGAAAUUGGCAAAUCUUUCAUUUUUGACCCCGUAACUUUCCAAGAAAUGACAAUAUUUCUUAAUUUUUCACACUUUUUUAGAUUUUAUUCAUAUAAAUUUAUGUUCCACAUAUAAAUAUGUGAUAUGAAAUGAAAGCCCUGAUUAAAAUGAUAUAUAUAAGUGUGGGUGCAUUUAAAAUAAAAGAGGUGAAUUAUGGUUAAGCAGACAUAUAGCGCAAAUUCCCGGAUUUGUUUAGAUUUUUUGCGAUCAGAACGUGUACAAUGAGCUCCGUCCUGGAGGCGUUAAACAUUGUGGUGUUAGUUGGAUCCGCAGCUUGACAUAGACACUGUGUGUCGAAACGUUGCGGGUCAUUUUAUGGUAAAAAAAUAAAUCUUCAUUUGAUUGACUUAGUGUUGCGGCUCCAUUAUUCUUUUUACUAAACAGCAUAACACAUAUAGUGCGCCUUUACCAAUGAUCCUGCCUGGAACGUCCUCUUUCCUGUACGAAUGCUGACUUUAUUUGUUAUUAUCUGGUUAAAGCCCCCCGUGUGGUGUAAGGCCAGGCCCCACUUAUUAAUGGGAUGGCCUAGAUAUUCUCAGCGUAACGCUGUCCUUCUCUCUGUUUGUCUUUUUACAGAAAUCCCCUGCGAAAAAGUUAAGUCAUGCAAUCAGUAAAUCUCUUGGCUGUGUCCCCAGCAGAGAGCUGCCUCACCCUGUAUUUCCUGAGCACCCAGAGAAACCACUCGAUCUUGCUCAAAUAGUGUAAGUAGAGUAUGAUUAUUAUAAGCAGUAACGUUAAUUAUGGUAACUGUCAUCGGAGCUAACCAAAUAUUGUCACCAGUAAUCGGAGCUAACCAAAUAAUGUCACCGGUCACCGUAAAGAAUCAAAUAAUGUCACCGGAGAUAACCAAAUAAUGUCACCAGUAAUCGGAGAUAACCAAAUAAUGUCACCGGUCACCGUAAAGAAUCAAAUAAUGCCAUUGGAGAUAACCAAAGAAUGUCACCUGAGAUAAUAAGAUCAUGUUACCCGUUACUGGAGAUAAUAAGAUCAUGCUACCCAUUACUGGAGAUAAUAAGAUCAUGUUACCCAUCGCCGGAGAUAAUGGGAUCAUGUUACUGGAGAUAAUGGGAUCAUGUUACUGGAGAUAAUGGGAUCAUGUUACUGGAGAUAAUGGGAUCAUGCUACCCGUUACUGGAGAUAAUGGGAUCAUGUUACUGGAGAUAAUGGGAUCAUGUUACUGGAGAUAAUGGGAUCAUGCUACCCGUUACUGGAGAUAAUGGGAUCAUGUUACUGGAGAUAAUGGGAUCAUGUUACCCGUUACUGGAGAUAAUGGGAUCAUGUUACCCGUUACUGGAGAUAAUAAGAUCAUGUUACCCGUUACUGGAGAUAAUAAGAUCAUGUUACCCAUCGCCGGAGAUAAUGGGAUCAUGUUACCCGUUACUGGAGAUAAUAAGAUCAUGUUAGCCGUCAGUGGAGAUAAUGGGAUCAUGUUAGCCGUCAGUGGAGAUAAUGGGAUCAUGCUACCCGUUACUGGAGAUAAUAAGAUCAUGUUACUGGAGAUAAUGGGAUCAUGUUACUGGAGAUAAUAAGAUCAUGUUACCCGUUACUGGAGAUAAUAAGAUCAUGUUACUGGAGAUAAUGGGAUCAUGUUACUGGAGAUAAUAAGAUCAUGUUACCCGUUACUGGAGAUAAUGGGAUCAUGUUACCCGUCAGUGGAGAUAAUGGGAUCAUGCUACCCGUUACUGGAGAUAAUAAGAUCAUGUUACUGGAGAUAAUGGGAUCAUGUUACUGGAGAUAAUGGGAUCAUGUUACCCGUCACUGGAGAUAAUGGGAUCAUGUUACCCGUUACUGGAGAUAAUGGGAUCAUGUUACUGGAGAUAAUGGGAUCAUGUUACUGGAGAUAAUGGGAUCAUGCUACCCGUUACUGGAGAUAAUAAGAUCAUGUCACUGGAGAUAAUGGGAUCAUGUUACUGGAGAUAAUGGGAUCAUGUUACUGGAGAUAAUGGGAUCAUGUUACCCGUUACUGGAGAUAAUGGGAUCAUGUUACUGGAGAUAAUGGGAUCAUGUUACUGGAGAUAAUAAGAUCAUGUUACCCGUUACUGGAGAUAAUGGGAUCAUGUUACUGGAGAUAAUGGGAUCAUGUUACCCGUUACUGGAGAUAAUAGGAUCAUGUUACUGGAGAUAAUGGGAUCAUGUUACCCGUCACUGGAGAUAAUGGGAUCAUGUUACUGGAGAUAAUGGGAUCAUGUUACCCGUUACUGGAGAUAAUGGGAUCAUGUUACUGGAGAUAAUGGGAUCAUGUUACCCGUCAGUGGAGAUAAUGGGAUCAUGUUACCCGUUACUGGAGAUAAUGGGAUCAUGUUACUGGAGAUAAUGGGAUCAUGUUACCCGUCAGUGGAGAUAAUGGGAUCAUGUUACUGGAGAUAAUGGGAUCAUGUUACCCGUCAGUGGAGAUAAUGGGAUCAUGUUACCCGUUACUGGAGAUAAUGGGAUCAUGUUACUGGAGAUAAUGGGAUCAUGUUACCCGUUACUGGAGAUAAUGGGUUACUGGAGAUAAUGGGAUCAUGUUACCCGUUGGAGAUAAUGGGAUCAUGUUACUGGAGAUAAUGGGAUCAUGUUACCAUGUUACCCGUUACUGGAGAUAAUGGGAUCAUGUUACUGGAGAUAAUGGGAUCAUGUUACCCGUUACUGGAGAUAAUAAUGGGAUCAUGUUACCCGUUACUGGAGAUAAUAAGAUCAUGUUACCCGUUACUGGAGAUAAUGGGAUCAUGCUACCCGUUACUGGAGAUAAUAAGAUCAUGUUACCCGUUACUGGAGAUAAUGGGAUCAUGUUACUGGAGAUAAUGGGAUCAUGUUACCCGUUACUGGAGAUAAUGGGAUCAUGUUACUGGAGAUAAUGGGAUCAUGUUACUGGAGAUAAUGGGAUCAUGUUACCCGUCAGUGGAGAUAAUGGGAUCAUGUUACCCGUCAGUGGAGAUAAUGGGAUCAUGUUACCCGUUACUGGAGAUAAUAGGAUCAUGUUACUGGAGAUAAUGGGAUCAUGUUACCCGUCACUGGAGAUAAUGGGAUCAUGUUACUGGAGAUAAUGGGAUCAUGUUACCCGUUACUGGAGAUAAUGGGAUCAUGUUACUGGAGAUAAUGGGAUCAUGUUACUGGAGAUAAUGGGAUCAUGUUACCCGUCACUGGAGAUAAUGGGAUCAUGUUACUGGAGAUAAUGGGAUCAUGUUACUGGAGAUAAUGGGAUCAUGUUACCCGUCAGUGGAGAUAAUGGGAUCAUGUUACCCGUUACUGGAGAUAAUGGGAUCAUGUUACCCGUUACUGGAGAUAAUGGGAUCAUGUUACUGGAGAUAAUGGGAUCAUGUUACCCGUUACUGGAGAUAAUGGGAUCAUGUUACCCGUUACUGGAGAUAAUGGGAUCAUGUUACUGGAGAUAAUGGGAUCAUGUUACUGGAGAUAAUGGGAUCAUGCUACCCGUUACUGGAGAUAAUGGGAUCAUGUUACUGGAGAUAUUAGGAUUUAUGUUACCAUUGGAGAUAGGUCGUGGUACCAGUCACUGGAGAUAAUGGGAUCAUGUUACCCGUUACUGGAGAUAAUGGCAUCAUGUUACCCGUUACUGGAAUAAUGGGAUCAUGCUACCCGUUACUGAAUAAUGGGAUCAUGUGCACUGGAGAUAAUGGGAUCAUGUUACCGUUACUGGAGAUGUGGGAUCAUGUUGCACUGGAGAUAAUGGGAUCAUGUUACCCCGUUACUGGAAUAAUGGGAUCAUGUGGAGAUAAUAAGAUCAUGUUACUGGAGAUAAUGGGAUCAUGUUACUGGAGAUAAUAAGAUCAUGUUACCCGUUACUGGAGAUAAUGGGAUCAUGUUACCCGUCAGUGGAGAUAAUGGGAUCAUGCUACCCGUUACUGGAGAUAAUAAGAUCAUGUUACUGGAGAUAAUGGGAUCAUGUUACUGGAGAUAAUGGGAUCAUGUUACCCGUCACUGGAGAUAAUGGGAUCAUGUUACCCGUUACUGGAGAUAAUGGGAUCAUGUUACUGGAGAUAAUGGGAUCAUGUUACUGGAGAUAAUGGGAUCAUGCUACCCGUUACUGGAGAUAAUGGGAUCAUGUUACCCGUUACUGGAGAUAAUGGGAUCAUGUUACCCGUUACUGGAGAUAAUGGGAUCAUGUUACCCGUUACUGGAGAUAAUGGGAUCAUGUUACUGGAGAUAAUGGGAUGUUACUGGAGAUAAUGGGAUCAUGUUACCCGUUACUGGAAUAAUGGGAUCAUGUUACUGGAGAUAAUGGAUCAUGUUACCCGUCAGUGGAGAUAAUGGGAUCAUGUCACUGGAGAUAAUGGGAUCAUGUUACUGGAGAUAAUGGGAUCAUGUUACCCGUCAGUGGAGAUAAUGGGAUCAUGUUACCCGUUACUGGAGAUAAUGGGAUCAUGUUACCCGUUGGAGAUCAUGUUACUGGAAUAAGAUCAUGUUACCCGUUACUGGAGAUAAUGGGAUCAUGUUACUGGAGAUAAUGGGAUCAUGUUACCCGUUACUGGAGAUAAUGGGAUCAUGUUACUGGAGAUAAUGGGAUCAUGUUACCCGUUACUGGAGAUAAUGGGAUCAUGUUACUGGAGAUAAUGGGAUCAUGUUACCCGUUACUGGAGAUAAUGGGAUCAUGUUACUGGAGAUAAUGGGAUCAUGUUACCCGUCAGUGGAGAUAAUGGGAUCAUGUUACUGGAGAUAAUGGGAUCAUGUUACCCGUCAGUGGAGAUAAUGGGAUCAUGUUACCAGUCACUGGAGAUAAUGGGAUCAUGUUACCCGUUACUGGAGAUAAUGGGAUCAUGUUACUGGAGAUAAUGGGAUCAUGUUACUGGAGAUAAUGGGAUCAUGUUACCCGUCAGUGGAGAUAAUGGGAUCAUGUUACCCGUCAGUGGAGAUAAGUCGUGCUACCGGUCACAGGAUCGCGUUACUCUACUGUUUUUAGUUUUGUUUUUUACAUUAGAAUGUUCUUAAUUUAGUGUAGAUUCUUGACCCCCUCCUUGUUUAAAAAUAAAAAAAAGGGCGGGGGGAGGGGUUGGCAGGGUUAUAAAAGCCAGACUCCUCUCUGCAGCCAGAUCUUGUAAAAUCAUCAUAAAGAUCUCUGGUCCAGGCGAAUCCUUCAUUGUGGAAAUACUGGCCAUUGCUGUCAUUUGAUAGAAAGAGGCGUGUGUUUGGUAAAAUUGAGACAUUUCUCAGAAAAGGCGAAGUUUUCUAUUAUGUGCGCCAAAGCCAUUACGUUAAAGGGAUACUCCGCUGAUUUAUUCAUUGUUAAUGAGUUCAUAAUCUAAUAAAUGGUUUAAUAUGAUGUAUUUUUGCACAUUCAGAAAUUUAUAGUUAUUCCUACAACAAAUGUUUUACAGAAUGCUACACUAUAAGCCUGCCUUCUGGCCUCCACAUUCCUUAUCAGUGUACAUACACAGCUCAGCCACGUACAGCACGGAGCCACGCAGCCUACAUACACAUCUCAGCCACUGACAGCACGGAGCUACGCAGCCUGCAUACAAAGCUCAGCCACUGACAGCACGGAGCUACGCAGCCUGCAUACACAGCUCAGCCACUGACAGCACGGAGCUACGCAGCCUGCAUACACAGCUCAGCCACUGACAGCACGGAGCUACGCAGCCUGCAUACACAUCUCAGCCACUGACAGCACGGAGCUACGCAGCCU